AUGGCUGCACCUCGAUGUGGUUUAAGUUGCCUUAUAAACACCCGAGGGUGUUUCUGUGGAUCUGUACUGGUCUUCCUCCAUUCUACACCUGAUGAUGGUGGAGAGCAGCGCACCUCCCAAUAUUACACAAGGACACUAGAGGGGCAGGUGAGUGUUGCCAGUAUUCUGAGAUACAUUUAGCAUAAGUACUCAAAAAGUGAAAAUUUUUCUUCAGGUUGGAAACUUGGACACACCGUGGCUUUUCCACAUUUAUCAAGGAACCCAGAUUGGAAAAACCAGCACCCAGAUAAGAGACACUGGUCCUUCUAAGAACUUUUAGCCCAGCCUUUAGGUUUUUUACUUCAGAAGCGUACAGACUACUGGAUACUUUGUAUUUCCUGAAUGUUUUACAUGGAUGAAACAGAAUUAAGCAACAAAAUCUCCUUUAUUUGAAGCAGGAGAAAAAGAGAACUAUGAUUGCAAACCUCCUAAAAGACCAUUGUUAAUGAAUCUGGACUAAGAAAUCACUAUUCCACGCUUUUUCUAGCCCCCAAUAACCACAAAAGAUGGAGCCUUAGAUCCUGUGAUGUUGAAAGAGAUUGAAUUCAAGAAUAAUUAUGGGUGUUAGACAUUCAAGAUUGGAAUACCAUUUGCGACUUAUUUUCCCAAACAUCAGGAAUGGGAGGAUUGGACAUGACAAUGUCCCUCAAUCUCUGACCAAGGCAAUGCACAUCACCAGAUAUACAUAAUUCACCAAUUAAGGAUUACAAGCUUCACAUUUUUCAUAGGUUCCAUGCAGAUUUAUUUAUUUUUUUUUGUUCUCUGGUUAAAUCCCUUCAAGUUUCCUAGAAAGCAUUUUUGAAUGUUGUCAUUCAAUGUUUAUUACCCUACAUAUCACUGUCAAUCUGUAUGUAUUAGAAUUCCUACAUUCACAUGUGCAGUUUGUAUUCAUUUUACCCUACAUAUCACUAACGGGAUUGACAAGCUCUCUAUGGAAUUAUUCCCACGCUUGUUUGGUUGUGCGAGGUGAUUGGUCGUAAGUGAGCCACCUGCUCACCAUGUGAAAGUUCUCUCCUGAUAACACUUUAUAUACUAGCCCAACAACGGGUUAAAACAACCUACCAAAAUUUCAAACUAUCGUUCUAGAGAUCACGCCUGUCUAUAAAUUGUAUUAGUAUACAUAUCACGCUUGUCCUGUAUUGUAUUAUUGUACCCUACAUAUCACGCUUGUCAAUCUGUAUUGUAUUAUUGUAUCAUAUCCUGUCUGUCAUAUUAUUGUACCCUACAAAUCACGCUUGUCAAUCCUUAUUAUAUUAUUGUACCCUACAUAUCACACUUGUCUAUCUGUAUCUAUUAUUGUCUACAAUCAUGCAUUAUUUUAAUUAUGUACAAUGUCAUAAACAUAGAAACAUAGAUGUGAGGCAGAUAAAUUCGGCCCCUGCAUUUUCUUAAACACUAAUUAGUCCCUGAAUAACUUUAGCCUAUGAUGCAGUUUACUGUGUAUUACCAAGCUGCCCCAAUCCACUACCCUCUCAGUAGGAGUAAUACCCAUUUAUAUUAUGUACCCUACCUGCAUGUCUAUGUAUCAUAUUAUUUACCCUACAAAUCACGCCUGUUUAUUCGUAUUCUAUUAUUGUACCCAACAAAUUCUGUGUAUUAAUAUUAUUGCCUUGAUACAUUUGUUGAAAUAUAGGAGCCAGCCAUAAGUUAGGAGCCAUUUUCUUUUUUAAAACAAAAUGCAAUUCUUAAAGGGACACUAUAGUCACCUGAACAACUUUAGCUUAAUGAAGCAGUUUUGGUGUAUAGAACAUUUUGCAGCCUCAUUUUUUUCAAUCCUCUGCCAUUUAGGAGUUAAAUCCCUGUUGUUUAUGAACCCUAGUCACACCUCCCUGCAGGGGAGGUGUGGCCUGCAUAAACAGAAACAACGUGAUUUAACCCCUUAAGGACAUAGUUGCUGUUUCCAAAUGACAAGCAAUAAGCAUUUGCGCAACUGUUCAAUAAUUUAUUGUACCCACAUGCACGUUAAUAGCUUGUAUUCCCUGUUGCCUCCUACAUUUAGUUUGAAUAUAGGAUUGCCAUAAGUUAUUGGAGCCAUUUUCUUUUUUAAAACACAAACUUAUAACAAAAUCUUCUCAUGUGUAUUUUUAAAGUUGGUUGUGACUUCCUGUACAAAAAAAAUUUGUUUCACCUGUGUCAUACAAACAUUUGUUUUAGGUCUGUCUGUAUGCAUGGUAUACUAUGACAAAUAAAGAAUAAAAAUAAAAAAAAAAAAAACCCCACCUAUUUUGUGUUCAGUUACAAAGCUGAUACCACAAUACCCUUUUUAAUGUCUUUAAACUUGGCAUGAAGGGUAUAGGAGACCUGUCCUUUCAGAUUUAAGUAGAAUUUUUCAGAUUGUUUAAGGGGCCUAUGUUUCAAUGUGGGCAAUUAUAGCAGUUUGACUGUUCGAAAAAACCCACAAAGGCCUACCAUUUGUAAAAGUAGAUACUCCAGGGUAUCUCAUUUGGUGCAUAUUGUGCCUUAACAUGCCACCAUUUUUUCACCAAUAUAUGUCAAAAUUUGUGGUAAAAAAAUUAUUUGGGGCAUUUUUAACAUACGUAUUACAUUUUUGCUGGGCAUUUUGUAUAUUUGAUAUGUGCUACUAUGAUAAAAGCCUCAAAAUUACGCUCAGCUAAAUCUUCUAUAGUGCCAGGAAACAUACUCGUUUUCCUGGCACUAUAGUGCCCUGAGGGUGCCCCCACCCUCAGGGACCCCCUCCCGCCCGGCUCUGGAAAGGGGAAAGGGGUUAAACUUACCUUUUUCCAAAGCUCUCCUCCUUCUCUUCUCCUUCGUUCCGCCCCCGUCGGCUGAAUGCGCACGCGCGGCAAGAGCUGCGCGCGCAUUCAGCCGGUCUCAUAGGAAAGCAUUUACAAUGCUUUCCUAUGGACGCUGGCGUGCUCUCACUGUGAAAAUCACAGUGAGAAGCACGCAAGCGCCUCUAGUGGCUGUCAAUGAGACAGCCACUAGAGGAUUAGGGGGAAGGCUUAACCCAUUGAUAAACAUAGCAGUUUCUCUGAAACUGCUAUGUUUAUAAAAAAAUGGGUUAACCCUAGCUGGACCUGGCACCCAGACCACUUCAUUAAGCUGAAGUGGUCUGGGUGCCUAUGUCCUUAAUUAAGAUACCUAAUUAUGUAAAAAUAUUACAUAAAUAUAUAUGUAGAAUUCAUAUAUAUGUGUGUGUGUGUGUGUGUAUAUAUAUAUAUAUAUAUAUAUAUAUUUUUUUUUUUUUUAAUUUUAUUUAUAUAUAGGUAUAAAUAUAUAUCGUGAUAUAUAUAUAUUAUUUUGUUCUACGUGUAUUUUGAUAUAAAUAUAUAUAUAUUAAUAUCACAAUACAGUUAGAACGAAAUAACACACAUCUAUAUAUUUUUUAAUUAUUUUUAAUUUUUUUUAUUUUAUUUUUCAACGUAUUUACAUAUUUUUAUAUUAUAUAUAUAUAUAUAUAUAUAUAUAUAUUUAAUCAGUAUCAGUCUACGUGUAAUUUCAUAUUAAUAUAUAUAAUUAUAUAUAUAUAUAUAUAUAUUAAUAGUAAAAUACACCUAGACAGUAGGUGUGUGUAUGUAUAUGUGUUUUUUUUACACUUUUAAACUUUAAUUUUAUUUCAUUUUAUUUCCAGCCAGCAGGGGGACUACCUGUCAUUACAGGCAGCCCCCUUGCUGGCAAUGCUGCAGCCAGCUAUCCCGGCCAUGUACUUUACUUACCUGGUCCCCCCAACCGUGAUCGCCGGCGUGGGACCGCCGGCGACCAGGUAAGUAAAGAAAGACCGGAGGGCGUACUAUUACGCCCCGCGGCGUUUAGAGACGCCUAAAAUAGGGCGUAAUAGUACGCCCUCCGGUCUUAAGGGGUUAACUCCUAAAUGACAGUGAAUUCAGCUGUGAAAUUGCAGGGGAAUGAUCUAUACACUAAAACUGCUUUAUUUAGCUAAAGUAAUUUAGGUGACUAUAGUGUUCCUUUAAAGGGACACUAUAGUCACCAGAACCACUACAGCUUAAUUCGCCUGUUAAUCCGUAUUAUGUUAUUGUAUCCUACAAAUUGCACUUUCUUUGAUUGUGGUUAUUUAAUGACCUGUUUAACAAGGAAUCCGGAUACAAGAGGGAAGUACUGUAAAGAAAUAUAUUACCUCAUAUUGCAGUAAGCAUGUUUUUAUAUCUCUGAUCUCACAAACAAUCUAUUAUCAUAGGUUUUAUUAAAGUACGGGAGUCCAUCUCUGUCUGUAAUAUAUAAUUUAGAUUCAUUGAUUUAUCCUUUGAUACUGAGCAGAUAGAAUAGUUUGUGAUUAAUUGGAAGUGCUUUAAACACAGUUUCUAUAACUUUUCAGAUGAUUUUUGACUUCUUGCGAACGGCAGAUAGAUACACAGGGUAUUAGGAGCUCAGAGAAAAGAGAACAUUUGCGAGUGUAAUGUGAGUGUGAAGUGAAAUAUCUCGACACAAACUGUGUGUAGAAUUGGCAGUGUCUUUGCUGCAAAUCUAACACUAAACUCAACCCAAUUGACGUCACUCGGCCAGAUAACAUCUUUCCGAAUUGCCUGCUGACGUUUCCUUGUCAUUCAGUGGUUUUAGCCGCACUUCUGUUCUUAUCUGUCAAAGUCCCUGUUUAACCCCAAACCUAGUCUAAGCAUUUAACAAAACUCUUCACAGACACUUCCUGCAAAACUAUUCGGAACACCCUGAAUCGGCCACUUACCUGUCUGCAAGGUUUCACAUUGCUGUUUGUACACUGGUUAGUGUUCAAGUGCUGAUGGUUUUUAAUGAUCCUCUCACUACCCCCCUCCCCCUGUGCAUUCCAUUCUACUUGUGUGGGGCAAAGGGCUGUUAAUAGCACACAAUGCUCCUGCUACUUCUUGCUAUUCUUUGGGCCCUCCACUGCCACCCUUAUCUGUUCUGAUUGACUCCGAUGCAUUAUGUGCAUUGCUCGAUUAUAUUUUAGUCAGUGUUUCAGUAAAUGCAUGACUGCAAAGAAGUGUACUGCUAAUGUUCACAGUAAUAAAAUAAUUGUGUUUUUAAAGGGCUAAUCUAAGCCCUAUAAUCAUUAUGUACCAUUGUAUUGGUUAUUGUGCCAUCCCAGAGUUUUGUGUCAAACCAUUUUCCUACAGCCCAAACACUAUUCUCCUAAUUACUAAUUUGGAUGUCUCACUCAGCCGACUCUCUCUUCAUUGCGGCCAACAGGCCAAUAUGAACAAAACUAGUAUUGCUUAUGGGGAGCUGGAACUUCCGUUCUUCAUUGGCAAUGAAGCAAACAAGGGGAUGGCCACAGGGGCCUUGUCAUCUUCAGUUUAUAUGAUCAGGCACAAAUGGCAAAAAAAGGAAAGUGUUUAAUCGUUUGGUUUUGUACCACUCAUUGAGAUACAUUGAAUGAAAUGUUUAUAAGACUCUUGACGUUUUUCUUAAUAAAUGAGAAUUCUUUGAUUGCACCAGAACGGUCUCUUUUUGCUUUUAUUUACUUCUCCAGCUAGCUGUCUGAACAGAUUGGCGCAAAGAGUUUCACUGUUCAGCUGACCAAGCUAUUGUCAUUUAGGGCUCCCACCCUCCGCUCAUGGGUGGGGGUAGGGGGAUGGACAAUAGGUGUCGUCCCACCAUUGUCUUUUAGGGCCCCCACCUGCCGCUCAUGGCUGUGGGCGGGGUACUAGUUUCCCACCUAAUUGCUCAUGGAUUGGGGCCAAGGGGGACCCUAUGUCCCCUUUUUAGUUGAAUAGCCCCCACUUGCGGGGCAUGGGUAGGGGCUCAGGGGGGACACUAUGUCCCCCCCCCCGCUAGUUAAUAGAUGUCUCAUUUUUUUUGACGAAUGAAAGAAUAGACGAAAUUCCCGUCAUAAUUUUGGACUAUCGCGAAUGCCCCAGUGUUUAACUGGACAUGUGCAGGAAUUUCAUAGCGCUAUCUAGUGUGACAGAUGACAUGUCCCACAGGGCCUUAAUUUCACACACAAAUAUGGCAAAACCCAUGACCCAGGGUCCGGGCACAAAAUAAAGAUUAAAAAAUAUAUAAUAUUGGGGAUUUGGGGUGACUAAGGGGGGCAAUUAGAUGUAGUGGAGUCGGGAGGGGGGUUAAAAAAACAAAAAAAAGGAUGCGGCCAUGACGUGCCGUUUUAAUGUAGCUCAUUAUAGUGUUUAUGGUGGUUUAAUAUUUUGGCAGUGUCCUUUGGUUUAAAGUCCAACAGUUUUGGAGGGGUUUGACAAAACCCAGGGCUCUUUCAUAUUCUCCAAGAACCUUUGCACCGCAAAGGGAGAGCUGCACUAGCGUUGCCCAGCCCCCCCCCUCUGCAGCCUGCACUUCGCAAUUCCUUCUAAUAUUGGAUAAUGAGGGGCCGUUUGCAUGUUAUCCAGAGCGUGUUAGGAGUCCUGUUUGUUAAAAUUAGAGUGAAAUGGGGGGACAGUGCCCGUAGACUCUGAUCAGAAUAACAAAUGGACUAUAAUCACACACUGAUCUGUAGUGUUUAUGGUAUUUAAUGAUAUGUUUGUUAAUUAAUGUAAAUCCAGAUUUAAAAAAACAAUUUUUUUAGAGUUUCCAUUUUACGUGGUCACUGCAAAUGGGCCAUUAAUUGUGAUCUCUGCAGAUUUUAUUCUUUAUAUUGUGACGAUUCUAAUGGUAUUAUCUUUCUCUUCUUUCAGAUGAUUCUUUGGGAUUGGGAUUUAAAACAGUGGCACAAACCACAGUAUCAGGUGAGACGUGACAUAUGCUUAUCUUCAAUUUGUUGUAUUUCUAUAUUUCAUGUGUUCCCAAGCCAUUAGGCGCUGCAUCUUUUCACAUAGGGGGUUAUGUGUAAAGUGUAGUGUUCACUUUAAAUAGGGCAAUUUUGAUGGAUUAUUUUCGUGCAGUGUGUAAACCAUUAAAACAAUUUUCCCCCGGGUUCUAAGACAUUAAGACACCCGAACUCUACGCUCAACCAUCUUUAACCCUGUAAUUACACCUAACUCUCCCAUCGUUUUUUUACCAUAGGGAAUAGAUAACGAUAUACAUUGAAUUUCAGGUUAGUUUAAAGUCUGUUUUUUUUUUUUUUUUUAACUUUUCCACUUUCCUUAGUGUUGCUUUUAAUUCCUUCUAUAUAGGUUUACAUUGGUUAAUCGGCAACUUAAUAGGGAUGCACCAAAAUGAAAAUUCUGGGUCGAAACCGAAAAUUCAGUAUGCCCUUGGUUGAAAAACGAAACCGAAAAUGACUUUUUUCCCCAAAUGAUUUUAGGAAAAAAGUUUUUUUCCUAAAAUUUUAUUAUUAGACUGUUUAAUGAAUUUAAUCUAAUGUGAAAAACUUCCCUUCUCUUUUAGUGGUCCCCCCCUGCUUAAUGUUCCUCUCCCCCCUCUUUUUUAGUGUUCUUUCCUCCCUCCUCCCCAGUCCCAUAGUGCCCCCCCCCGCUGUGUCCCAUAGUGUAUUUUUCUCCCCUCUCCCCUGUCUCAUAGUGUUUUUUGAAUCCCUCCCCCAUCCCAUAGUGUUCUCCCCCCCCUGUCCCAUAGUGUUCUCUCCCCCCCCUCCCCUGUCCCAUGUGCAGUAUUCUUGACUUUUCAUGUUAUCAUUACUAUCUUUCAUUGUGAUAUAUAAUCAUCUGAAUUGUUAAAGCAAGCAUGUCUGUUAAACUAUGCACUACAAAAAAAAUCUUUAAAAAAAAUAUAUUUUUGUUGGCCGUAAUUUCGGUGCAUCCCUACAAUUUAACUUUGAGGUUUAUUUCAUGUAAUCCUCUUUUAAAAAAACCAAAUCUACCCCCUUUUUUUUUUUUUUUGUUGAGAUAAUUAUAAUUUUUUGGAAGAUCCCAUGAUGCAUUCUCCUUUUGUUCCAGAAUGCUGGAGGUGGUAAUGGGGUCGAUCUCUCAGUACUAAAUGAAGCUCGGAACAUGGUUUCUGAUCUACUGGUAGAUCCAUCACUUUCCCCACAAGUUGUGUCUUCACUUCGGAGCAUAAGCAGCUUAAUGGGGGCUUUCUCAGGUUCAUAUAGACCAAAAGUAAAUCCUUUUACACCGUUCCCUGGCUUCUAUCCAUGCACAGAAAUGGAGGACAGUGUGGAUAAAGGAGAGAGAAAGGUCCACAAGGUAAAACACAAUCCUGUAUUAAAUGUACUACAAUUUGUAAGCAUGCGUUUUGUCUGAAACAGGAGAACUGGUUCAGGUUCCCAUUAAAAAGGCUCAAUUCUCUACAGUCAUAUGUGGAUUGCUCUGUGAGAUCCAGUGCAUGUGGGAUUUUUUGUUUUGUCUUUAGAAUCUUGCUUUUAUUCUUCUUCUGCUCUUUUUGCGUUGGUGUGUGCUAGUUGUUUACUGCUCAUGCAGAUACAGUACUAACAGACGGGUAAUUCUCUAAAAUCUAAAUGGCAAAACCAUCCUGCUGUGCAUACAGGGUCAUUUGUACUGCAAAAAUCCAGACAUUCUGACAUUGUUGAAUAAUGUGAGCAAUCUUGUAAUUCAGACCCCCGAAUGAGCCUUAAUUUGGUCCUGAUCUCAGCCAGACCAAUUGUUGCCAGGUGGCAGAAAUCCGGACUUGGAUGCUUCAAAUCCAGGCCCAGAUUUAAAAAAUAAAAUCCAAACUAAUUGUCUGCUAGCAGCGGUAGUAGUCAGCGGCAAGUAGGUAAAACCUUUUGGCAGCACGUGGGUUAAUUAUGUGGUGCUUGCCAGUGCUUGCAAGCUGGUCACCACAUUAAAUAGUUAAUUUUUUUAAAGUUUUAUUAUUAUUAUUAAUAAUAAUAAUGAUAAUAGGCCUAUGGGGGUUAAUAAGACCUCCAUAUUACUAUAAGGGAGUUUAAAAUUCCAUAUGCCUCUAUCUCGACUGGGCAGCUGUUCCCAGCUGUUCCCCCAGCUUCAGGCAACAAGUGGGGACAGUAAAAUAAAUUAUGAUCACUGCUUGCCAUCCUUAAGUUCCCCCUGUGUCCGCACACAUGGUCAGUGGCAGGGUGCGAUUAAUUUAAAUGGGUCAGGGGUGGAUAUAGUAUCCCCCCCAGAGCAACCAUGCAUGGGUGGCGGGUACUGGCUAUUAUAGUAUAACUGGGGUGGGGGGACCUUGUUUCCCCCACCCAUUAUCGGCAGGUUUCUAAAUAAUAAAACGGGGAGUGAGAGAGUGGACAAUGGAAUUUCAUAAUAAUAGCAUGUACACUCCAAUUCACCUCCUCAUUAAAAUUAAAAAAAAAUAUAUUAAUGGGGGAUGGGUCAAUAAAACCUGUAAUAGAAACCAUUCUAGAACUCAUCUUUCCUCUGCUCCAAAAAAAGCCAGAUUAGAGCACUGGAAACUUGGCUGUUAGAGCGCUCUUAGUGAUUCCAUUUCACAGUGGAAAUUUUCCCAUGUAAUAGUAGACAUAGUGUGGGUAAGCCUGCGGCUAGCCCUCGUAUGGCAAAGAUGGAUUCAUUUUAGUUUGUCAUGUUUUUUUAUUUUAUUUAUUUAUUUUUUUAAAGGAACACUAUAGUCACCUAAAUUACUUUAGCUAAAUAAAGCAGGUUUGGUGUAUAGAUCAUUCCCCUGCAAUUUCACUGCUCAAUUCACUGUCAUUUAGGAGUUAAAUCACUUUGUUUCUGUUUAUGCAGCCCUAGCCACACCUCCCCUGGCUAUGAUUGACAGAGCCUGCAUGAAAAAAAACUGGUUUCACUUUCAAACAGAUGUAAUUUACCUUAAAUAAUUGUAUCUCAAUCUCUAAAUUGAACUUUAAUCACAUACAGGAGGCUCUUGCAGGGUCUAGCAAGCUAUUAACAUAGCAGGGGAUAAAAAAAAAUCUUAAUUAAACAGAACUUGCAAUAAAGAAAGCCUAAAUAGGGCUCUCUUUACAGGAAGUGUUUAUGGAAGGCUGUGCAAGUCACAUGCAGUGAGGUGUGACUAGGGUUCAUAAACAAAGGGAUUUAACUCCUAAAUGGCAGAGGAUUGAGCAGUGAGGCUGCAGGGGCAUGUUCUAUACAGCAAAACUGCUUCAUUAAGCUAAAGUUGUUCAGGUGACUAUAGUGUCCCUUUAACCUUUAGAGGCCCCCAUUCAUCUCUUGGCUGGGGUGGAGAGCACUAGAUCCUCCACCCUGAAUAAUAUCAGGGGCCCUACCUCAUGCCAGUGACAAGGGGCUGGGGAGACAUUCCUUGUAAUGGCUGCCCAGUCACUAGUUUUAAAUGUUUAUUAGAUUUGCCCGUACCUCCUGCAUUUCAGGUUGUGGCAUAGGAAGGUUUUAUAGUAACAUGUGGGUUUUGUUGGGCCCCGUAGUGUUUUUUUUUUAAACCUUUUUUGAUGUGACAGCUGACUAUUAAGUGCUGGCUAUCUGCCAUAAUGAACCCUUCCAUUGUCAAGGGUUUUUGGCUAAUUGCCCACUGGCUGCUAAAACUGCCAGUAGGCAAAUAGUUCUUCAAAUUAUCAUUUGAUUAAAUGAAAGCAAGUGAAUGAUUAUUUGCGAAUGAGCAUCCUGCCAUCUGCAUUCAGUCCCCAUAUUUUUGUUAAACCAGUGCUUUGUGAAUAUCCCGAAUACUAUACUUUUUAAGAGUUUCAGCUGUAUUUUGCUUAAGUAAACAUGAGUUGCCAUUGCGAUCAGAAUUCAGUCAUUUUUACUGGAUGUACAAAAUCAGGACUAUAGAGAAUAACCCAGUAUGAUUCAAAAACAUAGUUUUAUUUUUACCACCCUUAUAAUGACUUCCCUCGUCUCCUCUCAACAGGGACUGAACAGCCGUAGCAGCCUGCCAACUCCACAACUCCGGCGAAGCUCAGGAAUCUCUGGCAUGCCACCCAUGGAACUUGCCACUUCUCGGUGGGAACGGAAUAAUGGAAAACGUCCUUACCAGGAUUACAGCAGUUCAAGGUGAGGCCCCUGAGAUGUUUGUAUUGCUAUUUGAAACAGAACAUGGUGUGUUAGAAGUGUAUUAUGUGCACAUUUUAGGAAUGGGACCUGGGGUAUUUAUAGGUCUCCCUCAUCACAUGUCUUUCAUCAUACGUAUGAAGCUACUCAUUGACACACAGAAGACUCUUUAGAGUCAAAAAUGUCUCUGUAAUGUGUUUUCAUAAAAAGAUGAUUCAAGGCAGUACAGGGAAUGUAGUUAUGCUGAGCUCCAGAAUUGCUGAAGUGAUUUGCAAAGCCUUCUUCAUGUAAUGCAGUGUAUGUACCAGCAGAUGGCAACCUAAAACAAUUUUUUUGCUUGAUAAGCCAAUUACUAGUAUAUUAAACCCAUAGACCACGUUACCUAAACUUUAAAUCAGCCACGUUUCCAUACUUGUUAUUUAAAUGAAGCAUGACUAACGUCCAUACAAUUUUAUUAAUGUCACACACUGAAAUUUAAAUCCUUCUAAAAACAACAUUUCUGAGUACUUUUUUUUUUCUUUUUUUUUGUUGUUGCAAUCUUUCUGUAAAUUACUUUAAUUGAACAAAACCCUCUAUGUUACAUAGAAACAUAGAAACAUGUUGGUGAAUGCCAUGUGAUGUUUGGAGUUUUUCCUCUGAAUAAUGUGUAUUGAGAUAUAGCCACUCUAACCCAAGGUUGUUAUAGGAUCCUUCAACUUUCUCAGCCAUUACAGCUGCCAUAAUUUUGGCCAGCCGUGGUUGAGGAUGACAGGGAUUUUCAUACGGUCAAAGUCCUGGAAGGUGACCCAUUUGCAGAUUAAUACAAUUUAUACACCUUCUUCCUUUAUUUUGGUUUUGUAGCCAAGGAUCUUAUCCAAACGGGUCUUUCAGUUCAAACCUGCUUACAAUACCAAAGCAAAGGUCUUCGUCUGUGACACUGACUCACCACGUCGGGCCAAGGAGAGCUGGUAAAUAAUAUCCAAUAAACGUAUAUAUAUGUGUUAAGUGCUGGACAGCAGUCCAUGGGUAGUUAAAGUGAAUAAGUCACCACACCGUAAAUGAUCCCCUUAGUUUUUACCUGUUUACUAUUACUUUGAAUAGAUGUAAGCCAUCAAAGAUUUUCUGAAUCUUUGAGGAAAAAAAAAAAAAAGACUCUAAAUUCUAGUGCUAGCGCUAAAAAUGGAACAACUAGGUGUUACAAUCGUUAUUUAGAGGAUGCUUCCUGGUUCAGUGCAAUUUCAAAUUUUACAUCUUAUAACCCAUAUAAUGUCAUGUAGCCUUUAACUACCUUUAACAGGAAACUUGUACAGUAAUUGUAUUUUCAUUUUGUAUGUGAUGUAGCUAUUGUGAUCUAUUGAUAAACUAAAGCCAGGGAUAGGCAACCUCUGGCACUCUAGAUGUUGUGGACUACAUCCCCCAUAAUGCUCUUACACCCAUAAUGCUGACAAAGCAUCAUGGGAGGUGUAGUCCAAAACAUCUGGAGUGCCGAAGGUUGCCUAUGCCUGAACUAAACUAACUAUAUAUUCUAAAAAUAAUACAUUCCUAUCUAUUUUGGUGAUUGUAAUUUUGUUUGUACAAACUUAGACCAUUUGGCUUUUUUUACUUUUAAUUUUUUUCAUUUAUUUGUACUUUUUAUCUUGGAAUUUACAGUUGUUUUUAAUAUUUCCAGCAAAAUAGUUUACAUUUGAAAAUGUGACUAAGGCAAGAUUCGAGCACACAUUUAACAGAUUAUCUAGAUUCAUACAGAGAAAGAAAUGUUCCAAUCUUAAAUUAGUGGUCAGAAAUUUUUCUAAUUAUCGUAAUUUCGUAAUUUCUCAUUCUGGGUGCUCAGAUGUUUAGGCUAAUAAUCUUGCAGCCAAUAUUUAAUUCCUAAAAGCAAUUAAAGCUUGCUGUAAACGAGCAGUACUGACCUUUCAUGAGUAACUCUCAAUGUGGCCAUCAUAACUUGUGUUCCUUUAGGCUGAAUCGGUGUCAUUCAUUGCAAGGCUAUGUCAACUUAUAGUGCAUUUUACAUGUGAACUCACUAACCUCAGCUGCCGGUUACAUCCUAUCUGUUCCCCAAUAUCUAGUGUGAAUGGUGACAGUGAUCUCACUAAGCUCAGCUGACUGGUACAUCCUUCGGUUCUACAAUAUCCAGUAUGAAUGAUGACCGUUACCUCACUGAGCUCAGCUAGUGGAUACAUCCUAUCUGUUCCCCAAUAUCCAGUGUGAAUAUUAAGUGUUCUUGCAUAGCAAGACCACUUAAUGUUAUCUCACAUAUAUAUUAUUAAGUGUUCUUGCAUAGCAAGACCACUUAUUGUUAUCUCACAUAUAUAUUAUUAUUAAGUGUUCUUGCAUAGCAAGGCCACUUAUUGUUAUCUCACAUAUAUAAUUCUUAUUCUUAUUAUAGCCAAAUUUGCCACCCUAACUCCUCCCACAGUUUUUACACUACAUAGACAAAAAUUUACCAAAACAUGCAGAUUGUUCCCAAUCGGAUUGCUAUUACUUUGUGGAACGUUUCGCUGAAUGGUUCACGGAAUAUCGUCAUUCUUGUGGCGCAAUUUGUCCCAUAGGAAUGAAUGGCAAAGCUAGAGUGGGAGCUGGCAAAAGCUGAAAAAUCAGGACAUGAUUUCUAAACUGCCACCACUCCCUUAUUUUCAGGCCCACCUACACAAAUCUUAUAUCAAAACGUUCAGCUAUCCCUGCUGCCACUAAACAUGUCAACGGCUAAGCCAUAGUCCUGAUAGUUUUCACAAUAUAAUCAUUUGUUUGCAACUAACGCCGUCCAUUGACAUUCAUUGAAACUUCACUCUACAAAGCUCAUAUUUGAAGUGCAAUUUCUAAACUGCGACUGUGCCUUCAUUUUUAAUACUUCAGAGAAAUACUAUGCAAAAUGUAGGUCUGGGUCUUGUGAUUCUCACAAUAUAAAGCUCUUCGCUGUAGGAUUUAUAGUUUUUAAAAUACGACCGUUUGAAUAUGGCAACCGCCAAAAUACUCUGCAGCAGCAAGUGAUGUCAUAGACAGGGCCUUUUGAACACCUGCUAAUGUUUUUAUAAAUGUAUGGUUUAAUGUAACUGUGCAACAAUGUUGCAAUUAAAUGUGCUAUAUAAAUGAUAACAGUUACUCCGCCCACUCCAGUUGUAGACUACUGGUGGAGGCAAGAACACUUCACACAAUUUCCCCAGAAAUUGUAGCUUUUCUAGUUAUUAUUAUUAUUAUUUAUAUAUAUAUAUAUAUAUAUAUAUAUAUAUAUAUAUAUAUGUAUGUAUGUAUGUAUGAAUGGUGACCGUGACCUCACUGAGCUCAGCUGGCAGUACAUCCUAUCUGUUCUCAGAUAUCCAGUGUGAAUGAUGACCAAACCUCACUGAGUUCAGCUGGCGGGUACAUCCUAUCUGUUCUCCGAUAUCCAGUGUGAAUGAUGACCGUGAUCUCACUAAACUCAGCUGGCGGGUACAUCCUAUCUGUUCCCCAAUAUCCAGUGUGAAUAUUAUUAUUAUUUAUAUAUGUGAAUGGUGAUCGUUACCUCACUGAGCUCAGCUGGCAGUACAUCCUAUAUGUUCUCCGAUAUCCAGUGUGAAUCAUGAGUGUGAUCUCACUGAACUCAGCUGGCGGGUACAUCCUAUCUGUUCUCCGAUAUCCAGUGUGAAUGGUGACAGUGACCUCACUGAGCUCAGCUGACUGCUACAUCCUUCGGUUCUACAAUAUCCAGUAUGAAUGGUGUCCGUGACCUCACUGAGCUUAGCUGGCGGGUACAUCCUAUCUGUUCCCCAAUAUCCAGUGUGAAUGGUGACCGUGAGCUCACUGAGCUCAGCUGAUGGGUAUAUCCCUCGGUUCUACAAUAUCCAGUAUGAAUGGUGUCCGUGACCUCACGUAGCUCAGCUGGCGGGUACAUCCUAUCUGUUCCCCAAUAUCCAGUGUGAAUAUUAUUAUUUAUAUAUAUGAAUGGUGACCGUGACCUCACUGAGCUCAGCUGGCAGUACAUCCUAUCUGUUCUCCGAUAUCCAGUGUGAAUGGUGACAGUGACCUAACUGAGCUCAGCUGAUGGGUACAUCCUAUCGGUUCUACAAUAUCUAGUGUGAAUGACGACCGUUGAGCUCAGCUGGCGGGUAAUUCCUAUCUGUUCCCUGAUAUCCAGUGUGAAUGGUGACCUGUCUUGCCUUUUUGUAUGUUGUUUUAAAUUAAGAUCCUUCCUCCAAGCUGCAUAAAACCACUCUCUCUUUUUUGAUUUUAGGUACUUCUCCUAGCCUGAGUCCUGUGAGUUCCCCUAGCCAUGCAUCCUCGGGAUUCACCCGAUCACCUGUUGAAUUUCCUGAUACCGCUGAUUUCCUUACAAAGCCAAGUGUUACUUUACAUAAACCUGUGGGACAUUCACUAAAUUCUCAGGAGUUCCAGCUGCAAAUCAGAUCGUCAUCGAGCCAUAUUUGUAACAGGUAAAAGGUUUGUUUUCUUCAAGUUUUAUUCUGUUUCAUAAUGUCUGCUGUUGUGUUUUGUGAGUUUGGCUCUUGAUUGUCCUUGAUGGAUACCUUGUAUCUUAGCAGAGUAAAUGUACAAAGCCAUAUUUAUGGAAAGCGUUAUGAGCAAAAGAUCCUUCAUAUAUUUAGUACAGUCUUUUUGAUAUAAUGUUCUGCAUGCUUGGAGUAAUUUACAAUUUUAAAAAUAUAUGUUAACCUGCCUGCAAUAGAAUUUUUUAAACUCUGUUGAUUAAGAAGAAAAUUUGUAGUCGUGAUCCAGCAAUAAAAUAACUUAAAAAUAAAUGGUUGAACUUAAGACAGUGUAAGCCAUUAAAUGUAACCCAUAUAAGAUACAGUUUUUGUUUAUUCUAGUUGUGGUCGUCAAAUUUAUAAACCUCUUUCAAACUCUGAAUUGGCGGAGCACAGUUCACAAUCUGGAGCUGAAUACCAAGUCCGAAAAUCAGGUAGGUACAUUAAUUGGAACUGUGCAAGAAUAUAACUCUACACGGUAACAAUAUAAACGGUUCAGAGAAUAUUAAAAAUGUUUACACAUUUUUAACAAAAAUAUUAUAUGUGUGAUUAUUAUACACAGUUAUAGUACAUGCACUGCUCAGACUUGUUUAUAGAGAUAUUAAGGGGCAGGAUGCAUUUUUUUGUUUCUUUUCUUUUGAUAUAUAUUUUGUAUUUGUUUGCCAGACAGUGUAGUAAACUGUGUGUAUAUGCAAACUGUAAAGGACAGUUCUUAGCAGGUAGUUUACACUAUACUGACCAGUCGCAAUACUGAAGCCGACAGUUGAUUUAAUCCCUCACUCCAAGUUGUAUUGUAUAAAGAUCAGUAAUCUCGCAAAUGCCACUUAUAUUCGUUUUAUUAUCAUAGAUCAGAAAAGCGACAUGGGUAAAAGCUGUUAUAGAUUUGUAUUCCUUGUCAUUAGGCCUACUUUUACUUUUGGUUACAUUUUGUGGUAAAAUAUUGUUUUAAUUCUUUGAUUCUGUCUCUCACCCUAAUAUUUGCAGGUGAUAAUGUUACCAGUAGUUUUAAUGAAUCUGGGCAUGGGGAGAAGAAACCGGACAAACGAUUACAAAAAGACUGCAGGAGAUUAUCGGAAAGUCACGAACAAUAUACAGACCAGACCCAUAUUAGCCAAACAUUCGAGGUUAGGAAGAAAAUCACUGUAAUUCUACUGAAGCUUAUAUUAUAUUACCGGACCCCUCCCCUAUAUUCCUGACCAGAUAAUAUAUUCCUGUACACUUCCACUGUAUUCCUGAUCGGAUACUAUAUUACUGGACCCCUCACCUGUAUUCCUGAUUAGAUACUAUAUUACUGUACUCCUCUUUAUUACGAACAGAUAUAUUAGCAGGUCCAUCCCCUAUAUUCCUGAUUGGAUAAUAUAUUAUUGGAACCCCCGCUCCCUCGUAUUCCUGAUCGGAUACUAUAUUACUGAACCCCUCCCCUGUAUUCCUGACCAAAUACUAGAUUACUGGACCCUUCCCCAGUAUUUCUGACCCGAUACUAUGUUACUGUACCCCUCCCCUGUAUUCCUGACCCGAUGCUUUAUUACUGUACCCUUCUCUUUAUUACUGAACAGAUAUUACAUUACCAGGUCCAUCACCUGUAUUCCUGAUUGGAUACUAGAUUAACGUAAACCCUUCCCCCUCCCGUAUUCCUGACCAGAUACUAUAAUACCGAACCCCUCCCCUGUAUUCCUGACCAAAUACUAUAUUACUGUAUCUCUCCCCUGUAUUCCUGACCCGAUGCUAUAUUACUUUACCCCUCCUCUUUAUUCCUGAACAGAUAUUAUAUUACCAGGUCCAUCACCUGUAUUCCUGAUUGGAUACUAGAUUAAUGGAAACCCACCCCCCCUCCCGUAUUCCUGACCGGAUACUAUAUUACCGAACAUCUCCCCUGUAUUCCUGAUCAAAUACUAUAUUACUGUAUCCCUCCCCUGUAUUCCUGAUCGGACACUAGUUACUGUACCCCUCCCCAGGGCCGGACUGGGAAUACAAAGCAGCCCUGGAAAAACUUUGUGCCAGGCCCAUAAGUCACUGCGCCAUAUAUUGUCGCGUGUAAUAUGUAAGGCUAUGUCUUGCCAUGACAGAUGAUUGAGUAAUAUAUAUAUAUAUAUAUAUAUAUAUAUAUAUAUAUUGCUUUUUCUAAUAUAAAAUAUUGGUCCUUUCAGGGUAAAACAUUUAAUUAUACAGUAAGCAUACUCACAUGCAGACACAGGCAAUUUCACUGACAUCUCAAUGACACACACAAGCUCAUUGAUACACAGCCUCAUAGACAAACAAUCUCACUGAUAUACAUCAGCUCAUUGACAUAAAAACACAAGCUCACUCACUAGCAGGCACACGCAUGCAAGCAAGCUCACUCACUAGCAGGCACACGCAUGCAAGCAAGCUCACUCACUAGCAGACGCACACACACAGCUUAAUGUGGUGGUACUGGUGUCUAUAGCAUGUCCCUACAGGCUUUUCAACGUAAACACUGACUUUUCAGAGAAAAGGCAGUGUUUACAUUGCUUCAAAGUGACACUGCUAGUGACAGUCACUCAGACGGUCACUAGAGGUGCUUCCUGUGUCAGUGCACCUACAUUCAGGGCCUCCACACUCUGUAGGUGCUGAACGUUCCCCAUAGAGAUACAUUGAUUCAAUGCAUCUCUAUGAGGAGAUGCUGAUUGGAGUGGCGUUUUGCAGCCAAUCCUAUGGCAAAGCAUUGGAUUGGCUGAGAUCAUCAAGCUUGAUGAUCUCAGCUAUAGAGGCAGGGCCAGUCGAGGGGAGACCAGCACGCUGCGUGGGGAAAAAAAAGGUGAGCAAAAACACUAUUUUUAAACACACAUAUACACAAUGACAGACACAGAAACACACAUAUACCAUGACAGAUACACACCCCAUGACAGAGACACACACAUACCAUGACAGAUGAUUACACAGACAGACCCACACACACACACCAUGACACAUACAGGCACACACCCCAUGACAGACAGAGACACACACACACCCCAUGACGGACAGAGACACACACACACCCCAUGACGGACAGAGACACACACACCCAUGACGGACAGACACACACACACCCCAUGACGGACAGACACACACACACACCCCAUGACUGACAGACAGACAGACACACACACCCCAUGACUGACAGACAGACACACACACCCCAUGACUGACAGACAGACACACACACACUAUUACACACAGACAGACACACACACACACUAUUACACACAGACACACACACCAUUACACACAGACACACACACACCAUUACAGACACACACGCACCAUUACAGACACACACACACCAUUACAGACAGACACACACACCAUACAGACACCAUGACAGAGACACCAUGACAGACACACACACUAUAACAGACAGACACACACACACACUAUAACAGACAGACACCAUGACACAGACACACAUUACUAAUACCUGCCAGGGGGAGGUCUUCUGGCGGCCACUGGGGGAGGUGUACUGGCGGCUGCUGGGGGGGCUAUGCUGGCUCUCCUGCCCUCGUGCGCAGCUGAAUGAGACCGGUCUCAUUCAGCUGCGCGCUGGGGAGCAGAGCCAGCGCAGCUCCCCCAGCGGCCGCUAGUACAAGUCCCCCAGCGGCCACCAGAAGACCUCCCCCAGCGGCCGCCAACAGACCCAGGUGUCUGCCCGGCCCCAGGUGCCGACGGCCCACCAGGAAAUUUCCCGGUAUCCCGGUGGGCCAGUCUGGCCUUGCCCCUCCCCUAUAUUCCUGACCAGAUACUAUAUUACCAGACCCCUCCUCUUAAUUCCCGAAUGGAUCUUAUAUUACCAGAUCCAUUCCCUGUAUUCCUGAUUGGAUACUAUAUUACUGGACCCCUACCCUGUAUUCCUGACCCAAUACUAUAUUACCGGACCUCUCCCCUGUAUUCCUAUAUUACUGGACCCCUCCUGUUUAUUCCCGAACCGAUAUUAUAUUAACAGGUCCAUCCCUUAUAUUCCUGAUCAAAUACUAUAUUAGUGGAUCUCUCCCCUGUAAUCCUGACCCGAUACUAUAUUACUGUACCCCUCCUCUUUAUUCCCGGACAGAUAUUAUAUUACCAGGUCCAUCACCUGUAUUCCUGAUUGGAUACUUUAUUACUGGACCACCCCUUUUUUCCUGACCGGAUACUAUAUUGCUGGACCCCUCCCAUGUAUUCCUGACCAAAUACUAUAUUGCUGGACCCCUCCCAUGUAUUCCUGACCAAAUACUAUAUUACUGUAAUCCUGACCAGAUACUAUAUUACUGGACCCCUCCCCUGUAUUCCUGACCAGAUACUAUAUUACUGGAUCCCUUCCCUUUAUUCCAGAUGAGAUAUAUUACCAGACCACUCUCUUGUAUUCCUGAUUGGAUACUAUUAUACUGGACCCAUCCCAUGUAUUCCUGACCUGAUAUUAUAUUACUGUACCACUCCUCUUUGAUCCCUAACAGAUAUUAUAUUACCAGAUCCAUCCCCUGUAUUCCUGAUUGGAUACUUUAUUACUGGUACACCCCUGUAUUUCUAACUGGUAACUAUAUUCUGUAUUUUUGACCAGAUUUUAUAUUACUAUAGCCCUCCCCUGUAUUCCUGACCAGAUACUAUAUUACCGGAGCCCUCCCCUGUAUUCCUGACCAAAUACCAUAUUACUGGACCCCUCACCUGUAUUCCUGACCAGAUACUAUAUUCCUGUACCCCUCCCCUGUAUUCCUGAUCAGAUACUAUAUUACUGUACCCUCCUCUAUGAUCCCGAACAGAUAUUCUAUUACCAGAUCCAUCCCCUGUAUUCCUGAUUGGAUACUAUAUUACUGGAACCAAAACAAAAGUUACCUGCGCUCUCUCCUUAAUCUCUAUGUAUAUUUAAACAAAUGGAGGUCAUUUAGUUACUCCAAUGGCCACUGGAGGGAAUACCCGCCUGCCAACGUCAAGGCAGACCCCCCUAGACGGGUCCUACUCUGACCCUUUACUUUGCUUCCUUGAGCUUCUGGCAAAGAUAUCUCUAAUGAGACAGAAAGGGGUAUUUUUUUUUAUAUACACUCCUAUAUACUUAUUAACCCUUAAUAGGGAACACAUGGGAUGGGCGGCAGCAUUGUAACCUAGCUGUGUGAUACAAAAAGUGAAUAUAUAAAAAAAAAGAAAAUUCCUGCGCUCACUCCCGUCACUCCUGGGCAGCAGCAACGACCACAGUACACAUCAGCUCCAAUACUUAUAGUAAAAACAAAAGGGAAAAAAGUUACCUGCACUCUCUCCUUAAUCCCUAUGUAUAUUUAAACAAAUGGAGGUAAUUUACAUAGUUAUUUAGUUACAUAGCUGAAAAGAGACUUGCGUCCAUCAAGUUCAGCCUUCCUCACUUGUGUUUUUGCUGUUGAACUAAAAGAAGGCAAAAAACCUAGUCUGAAGCGCUUCCAAUUUUGCAACAAACUACGAAAAAAAUUCCUUCUUGACCCCAAAAUAGCAGUCAGAUGUCUCUUUGGAUCAAGCAGCCAUUACUCCACUAAUUAGAAAUUAUAUCCCUGUAUGUUAUGUUUUUGCAAGUAUUUAUCCAAUUGCAGUUUAAACAUCUGUAUAGACUCUGACAAAUCCACCUCUGCCAACGUCAAGGCAGACCCCCCUAGACAGGUCCUACUCUGACCCUUCACCCUUUGAGCUUCGGGCAAAGAAAUCUCUAAUGAGACAGAAAGGGGUAUUUUUUAUAUACACCCCUAUAUACUUAUUAACCCUUAAUAGGGAACACAUGGGAUGGGCGGCAGCAUUGUAACCUAGCUGUGUGAUACAAAAAGAAAAGUCCUGCGCUCACUCCCAUCACUCCUGGGCGGCAGCAAUGACCACAGUACACAUCAGCUCCAAUACAUAUAGUAAAAACCAAAGAAAAAAGUUACCUGCGCUCCCUCCUUAAUCCCCAUGUAUAUUUAAACAAAUGGAGGUCAUUUAGUUACUCCAAUGGCCAGUCAGGGUAUUCCUGACCGGAUACUAUAUAACCGGAUCCCUCCCUUGUAUUCCUGACCAGAAACUAUAUUACUGGACCCCUCCCCUGUACCACUGACCAGAUACUAUUUUCCAUGUGAAUUUUGUACUAGUACUUGUUUAUGACUCAUGUGGUGAGUUGUUGGUUAAUUUCAUAACUGUGAAAGUAUUCUAAAAAUAAUUGUGAUUUUACUAUGUUGGCUGAACUUGUAUUAAAAUUACACGUUAAUGUGUUCCUUUAAAAAUCUGUUAUUGUUAUUAUUGACUAUAUUUCGUUGUAGGGCGGUUAUCGUUUCUUUUUUGCUUUAUAAAAAAAUUAUUUAUUUAUUUUACCUCUACACGAAUAGAUGGCAGAAGAGACAUCCUUGGAACUGCUAAUUGAAAAUCAUGACGAACUGUUGGAAAAAUUGGACAAUUGGAACUUCCCGAUAUUUGAUCUUAUGGAGAAAACGGGCGGCAAGUCUGGGACAAUUCUUAGUCAGGUGAGGGAACUAUUUGAUUUAUUGUUGCUAUGAAUUUAUUCUAUAUCUUCAAAGCUAUGAUAGCUGUAACACAAUCUGGGAUCCAUUAUUAUUCUUUAUAUAAAAAGUGUCAACAGUUUCUGCAGUGCUGUACAUGGAUACAAGUUGGUUUACAUUUAUCUAAUUGUAUGUGCAGAGAUUGUGUAUGUGUGAAGUGGUCAUGGUGCUUGGAAUAACCCUUUGCUAUCCCGGUGGUGUCACUGGAUAACAUUCAGUUUAGUAUCGCUGGAGGACAUUCUGUGACCUGGGACAGGGGGCAUUGCUGGAGGACAUUCUAUGAUGAGUGGCGGUUUAGUAUCGUUGGAGGACAUUCUGUGACAUGGGACGGGUCAUCGCUGGAGGACAUUCUGUGACACAGGACUGGAGGCAGCUUAGUGUUCCUGGAGGACAUUCUGUGACAAGGGACGGAGGAAUCACUAGAGGACAGUGUGACAUGGGACGGAGGAAUCACUAGAGGACAGUGUGACACAGGACUGAGGGCAUCACUGGAGGACAUUCUGUGACACCGGAUAUUUGGCAUCACUGGGCUUUCUCUGACAUGGGACGGGGGCAUCACUGGAGGACAUUCUGUGACAGGGACGUGGACAUCACUGGAGGACAUUCUGUGACACGGGACAGGGGCGUCACUGGAGGGUGUUUUGUAACACGUGACGGGUGGCAAUUUAGUAUUGCUGGAGGAUAUUCUCUGACAAGGGAUGGGGGAAAUCGUUGGAGAACAUUUUGUGACGGGACAGUUUAGUAUUGCUAGUGACACAGGUGGGUAUCACUAGAUGACAUUCUGGCACGUGACAAGGGACAGGUGGGCAUCACUAGAGGACAUUCUAUUACAAGAGACAGGUGGCAGUUUAACAUCGCUGGAGGACAUUCUGUGACAUGGGACAGGGGUCAUCACUACAGGGUAUUCUAUGACAAGGGGCAGGAGGCAGUUUAGUAUUGCUGUAGGACAUUCUGUGACAAAGGACAGGGGACAUUGCUGGAGAACAUUCCUGGACACGGGGCAUUGCUGGAAGACAUUCUGUGACACAGGAUAUUUGGCAUCACUGGAGGACAUUUUCUGAAACAGGACGGAGGGGCAGUUUAGUAUCACUUGAGGAAAUUCUGUGACAGAGGAAGGAGGCAAUUUAAUAUUGCUGGAGGGCAUUUGUUGACAUGGGAUGGGGGGCAUCACUGGAAGACAUUCUUUGACACGGGAUGGGGGCCAUUGCUGGAGGACAUUCUGUGACAAGGAACUAGUGUUUUCCAAUAAAAACUUGAUACAUAUACUAGGGGGUUCUUUAGAAAAUAAAAUAAUUGUAUGCUGCAAUGUUUAGUUGAGCAAGUAUAUAGGGAUUCCAGAAUGUAAACAUAUUUAAGAUUUUUAUUUUAUUUUUUAUUUUACAUUGAACAGUCUAUUUGGAACACAUACGUGCAGUUGUGCCUCCUUGUCAACUGUUCCAAUUAUGUUACUCUUCCGUUACAUUAAAGGGGUUAUUCACCAAAGUAAAAAUUCAACGUAAUUUUCAAAGGUCAGAAUAGACAAACUGGUAAAAUUCUCUAAAUCAACUAUGCUUUCACUUUGGGUACUCUGGCCUUAAAAGUGAAGUUCACUUAGAAUUCCCACUUUACUGAAUAACCCUGCUAAUGUAAAAUGUGUAUGUAGAUAUAUACCUUCACAGUUUAGGCUCUGGUGUCGCACAGACCUACAAUAUCACAAUGAUGCAUUCCUGUAAUACAUUUUAAUACAAUAAUUGAAGCACAAUUCCGUGGAAGAAAAAUCACCCCUCAGUUAAACACAAACAUCAUAAAUGAAAAAGAUCUUAAUACCGAAAUAUGUUUUUUUAUUUUUAUACUUUUUGUGAUGUUGGAACAGUUGAUGGAAACAGGAUGUGGGUACAAAUGUAAAUCUCCACCCCCCCAGAUCACAAAAAUUACAAAUAAUAUAAUGGAAUUGAUGUAAUGUACCCAUACUUUAACAGCAUUUUACAAUCCCUCUAUUAACAUUAAGUUUUACUUGUAUUUUCUGUCUAGCAAAAUGUAUUUUGAAGCGAUGUGCAAAUUUCAGAACUUUCCCUUCUUAUUCAAGGACUAUAAAUUUUGAGUUGCCGAAGGAAUAACACUUAUUGAUAAUUUUAUGGCAUCAUCGUUAUCAUUAUCAGUGUGACAGCUUUUUACCAUGACUAACCUUUUUUUUUGGCAAAAACUCCUUCCAAUAAAAAGGUUUUACACAAAAUUAUCUAAUGCGGCUGAAGUGGAUUGCUACGAAUUGGUGCCAGCACAGAGCAUUUACCUCUGAAAUGAUAAAAUGACUAAUCUUAGGGUCUUUCGAGGAUACGGGCAGUAAUAGAAAGAUUGCCACAUGCAGUAAACAUGAUGGGUUAAACAAAUCAUUAGUUUGUGUGAGCUUCCUGUAACAGUUUAAAAGGCAGGUUACAGGCGUGUGACAGGGUUUCGGUCAUGUUCUGGGCCAUUGGUCAGCGUUAUGGGUCGGUUCCUGAGCGGAGGUUUUCUGCUCUCUGUUCUUUAUAAAAUGCCUGCUGAUCAUUUCAUUUCCUGUUAUUCACUCACAAGAAGUCAUGGAUGAUGGGUCAUGUGGUUAAAUCGACCUAUUAUUUGUUCAUAGAGCUUCACUGAGGCCUCCAGGGAUUGAUUAGUGUUUGUGAAUACGUAAAGAAUUUGUGGUGUGUUCAUAUGACCUGGAUUUGAAUUAUCACUCAGAAUUUUAAACUAGAAAUGGGCUCUGAACAGUCAUUUAAGGGCAAUAAAAGGGGCACUAGAGGUUCUAGUACCCUCUGCUUAUUUUGGCAUUGUCCAUGUUUAUGGAAUACAGACCUCACUCCCAUGAUGUUGAGAAAAUGUUUGGACCAACUGAGCAUCAUGGGAAAAGUAAUUUCCAACAUCUGUUAGGCUGAACAAAUGUAUUCAUAAAAAAUAGCGUAUAACAACGUGAAAUGCCAUUGUGAAUUACAGUACAAGAGUUGUAGUUUUAUUUUACUUAUACAGACAUUUUUCAAUUUCCCCCCCUUUUUCAGGUGUCAUACACUUUGUUUGAGGAUGCUGGGUUGUUUGAAAUUUUUAAGAUCCCUGAACGAGAAUUUAGGAAUUUCUUCCAAGCACUAGAAAAUGGAUACCGCGAUAUCCCAUGUAAGUUGGCUUUUAUUGUAUGGUGGGUGAUUGCCUUCUUGGUGUACGUUUAUCACUGGCGUUCUCUUGUAUAACAGGUACAGACGUUCCGUGGUCAUUUAGGGAAAGAUUUAACAUUGCUUGAGUAGGGAAAACACCCUGAACCUUGGCCAGGUUGGGACAGUGGGGAGAGUGUGAGUUUUAAAUAAUUAAGAGCACUAAACCUCUGGUUCACUCAAUCCCCUCGUAACUGAACAUACAGUUACAAUAAAAUAUCCCUCAAUGCCUACCCUCACCACCCCUGGCUCUAUAAUUCUCUGCCACACCAACAUCUUAUAUUGUUUCCCCAUUAAUGCAUACCAGCUGAACCUAGGUUAAAAUAUUUACUACAAUUAAUACUAGUAUACAACUACACCAGAGACCGGACUUAAGGAGCUAAUAUUUUGAUAGGACAAAUGAUUUAGUAGUUUAUUCAAAAUCUGACUUUAACUGACAGAUGGUGCAAAGAUAAAAAUCCAAUGCAAUUUAAUGCAUCACAGUAUUUCUCUGCUAUUAAAUCACAGUACGUCUGCCCCACUAAAUAGCAGUAUGGAUCCCUCCGCUAGGUAGCAGUAUGGAUCCCCCCGCUAGGUAGCAGUAUGGAUCCCUCUACUAGGUAGCAGUAUGGAUCCCCCUGCUAGGUAGCAGUAUGGAUCCCCCUGCUAGGUAGCAGUAUGGAUCCCCCUGCUAGGUAGCAGUAUGGAUCACUCCGCUAGGUAGCAGUAUGGAUCCCCCCCCAGGUAGCAGUAUGGAUCCCCCCCCAGGUAGCAGUAUGGAUCCCCCCCCAGGUAGUAUGGAUCCCCCCGCUAGGUAGCAGUAUGGAUCCCCCCGCUAGGUAGCAGUAUGGAUCCCCCCGCUAGGUAGCAGUAUGGAUCACCCCGCUAGGUGGCAGUAUGGAUCCCCCCGCUCUUGGUGGGUGGCAGUAUGACUGUCUUGCUCUUGGUGGGUGGCAGUAUGACUAUCUUGUUCUUGGUGGGUGGCAGUAUGACUGUCUUGCUCUUGGUGGGUGGCAGUAUGACUGUCUUGGUGGGUGGCAGUAUUACUGUCUUGCUCUUGGUGGGUGGCAGUAUGACUGUCUUGCUCUUGGUGGGUGGCAGUAUGACUGUCUUGCUCUUGGUGGGUGGCAGUAUGACUGUCUUGCUCUUGGUGGGUGGCAGUAUGACUGUCUUGCUCUUGGUGGGUGGCAGUAUGACUGUCUCGGUGGGUGGCAGUAUGACUGUCUCGCUCUUGGUGGGUGGCAGUAUGACUGUCUCGCUCUUGGUGGGUGGCAGUAUGACUGUCCUGCUCUUGGUGGGUGGCAGUAUGUCUCUCCCCCAUCCCCUGCUAGAUGGCAGUAUGCCCCCCUUGCUUUUGGUGGCAGGUCUCUCUCACUCUAGGUGGGUGGCACUACGUCUCUCUCGUGGUAGGUGGCACUACGUACACCCGUAAGACUUCCUUUUUUAGCACUACUUCAUAAGAGAAAACAUAUAAAACAUUAGUGGAGCUCCUUAAAAUACAUUGAGUGCAGAUGGUAAUAAAACGUGACAAAUGCAAAAGUGAUUUGAAUGCAUUCUUAUAGAUUAGAGCUCCAAUACAUGGUUCAAUAUUCACACAGUUGUGCUCUUGCAUCUUGCAUCUAGGAUUAUUUUCUAAAAACAAGCAGAGAAACUGAAGAGCAGAAUUAAUGCAGUAUUAAACAAGGUGGUGUGAUUAAGCUUACCUUCAUUAGAGCCCCAUGAAUUCCUGGCUAUGAGGUUAAAAGUGUAAAUUGGUGGGGUGACACUCCCCAAACAGUGAAGCUGGAAACAUAUGGGACUACCAGAAGUGCUAAAAACAAUAUUUAUUGAAAACCAUGAUAAAAACAAACUACUUUUAAAAAGUGCACUUAUCAAUAUCCGGUGUUAGAGUCCUGCCAAGAUGUGUAUGUCCGUAUUUAAAUUGUUGUGCCCAAUUUGCUGGAGAGGUCACAUGGUCAUUAUUAACCAAUGGCUGCAUUUUAGGGCAGCUUGCCCUCACUUGUGGCGUCUCGAAUCGAGUAAAAUCGCCACUCACGGUGACAGGAAAUGUGUGCUGUUGAUCGCAGCUGCCAGAUAUGAACUUGCGCCGUAUGAUCUUCGGCUGAUCGUCAGAUAUUACAAACAAAUGCUUAGUCCACGUGUAGGCAUUCAGGCGGCCAAAACUUCCAUGUUUAAAAUGGGAAUAAAAAAGAUGAAAUUCUAAAAAAAAAAAUUAAAAAAUGUUUGUGUGUGUGUGUAUAUAUAUAUGUGUGUGUGUAUAUAUAUGUGUAUGUGUAUAUAUAUAUAUAAAUAAUAUGGCGUAUGCCUGAAGUUGUGGGAGGGAUUUAAGGCCCAUAUAAACCCAGCAAACCCCUUGCUUACCUGUCUUUGUUGAUUCCGGAAAUUCCUCUUCCGGGUUGCGCAGACCUCUGACGUAAUUUCCGGCCCGACACGAGUACGCGAUACACAGCGUUCGGCAAGUUCUAGCUUCAAUCGUGAGUAGUUUUGGCAGUGUACAAACCGAAAAAAUACAUUCUCAACAAUACAAGGUUCUCUAAAGUAUCAAUUUGCCAGUUCCACUCACAUACACUACUGACAUUUCAUUCGUAUGGGGCAUACUGAGUUAUACAUUCGGGCAAACAUACUAAUAACAUUUCAGCUCAAACCAACGAUCGUGAAAAUCAUUCGCAUAUACUCAAAUCAAACAUAUUUACUAGUUUGUACUUGUUUCCUUCAUGGUUACUUGAGUAUGAUUCUUGCAAUUUUGUUGUUUAUGGUUCUCUGAUCAAAUCCUUGUCGUUUCUUAUACCAUUAAUGUUAAUUUAUUAAAAGCAUAGUACGCUUAUUAAAUGAUCUGCAAUAUAAGACACCUAAUUAUGCAUGUCCAUAAAAAAAAAUAUUUUUUUUUAAAAGCCUAUUCAAAUGUCACCGCUGUUCACAUAUCUCAUUUUCUUUAAUACUGGAUCAUGAGUUUAUAUUUACGUACUUUGUUCGGCUAAUCAUUCGUAAUAAAGUCGCAUUUUGUGUAGUACAUGGUAUACAGCAAGUAAUGUUAAGCAUUUUGGUGCCAAUAAUUCACAGGAAUUUACAGAUUAAAAUAGGUAUAUGUUAAUUACAAAUUCGCAAGUCUGUUAUUUUGUUUCAUUGAUACUAAGAUGUUAUGUCAUGGAAAUUUACCUUUGAAAUCACUCUCCUUUCAAUUCUAGGGAUAACUUUCAGAAUACAUUACUUUUAAAUACGCUGAAUUACAUAAUUACGUUUCGGUUAGUAAUAAUUAUUUUCUUUAAGACUCUAUUUCACUCCUCUCUUCUACAUUCCUAAACUAGUAGACUCCGUAAACUCAAUCGUCUUAACGUAGGCAUAAUUUAGCCACAAACCUUAUACGUUAAUAAGUUUAAUUUAAACAAAUUUCUGAUAAUAAACGGAUAAUUUAAUACUACAAAUUAAUCUAAUCUAUUUCCGCACCUGCCAAAGUUAUAAACUAACAAACUGCUACCUAUAUUUUUUUUUUCUCUCUCUUUCUUCGUUCUCUCUCACUUCCUCAUGCGUCCAUGCUCUGCAAAUUGGGGCAUCAGCCUAGGUAAAACCGCUCGGCUAAAACAGACAUAAAUAGCUCCUUAGGUCAUCUCAAGUACUCAUCACAAAUUCACGUACAGGUAAGGAUAACAAGCAUCUUAAACAAUACGUUCAGUCUCGCUUUUAUUCUCCCUCCCAGUUUAGACAUGGUUGGCUGUCAGGGUCUUAGGAACCCAAUAGCGGUAGUCUCCUCCCGUCUUCUUCGCCUUAGGUUAGUGGUCCCGCGAGGCCAACACCCAUCCUCAGUUCGGGCCAAAUCAUAGUUAGCCGCCUCGCAUGUGGUAUAGAGACUACAUGACUAGUCUUAUGACUACUACUCACCAAGAGGCCAUACCCCGCCACAACGUUCGGUGGACACAAAAAUCCCCUCGCGCCAACUCAUAGAUAGAGCCUCUCAAGCCGCUUGGCACCUAGAAGGGCCUCACCAGUCACCAACCUAGUGUAAUUGCUUCACCGCGCAGCGGCACUAGCUAGUCAGCCAGCACACACACACAAAUUUCCUAACCUGAACGUUUCCUUUCACGCCCAUAGCAUGUCUAACGCUUCAGUACAAGACGAUGAGCUAUCACUUGCCAGCACUCCGUCCAGGCCUGCUACAGCUACAGAUCCUGGACUGUUCCAAAAAUCACAGCCGAACUGAAUAGAAGAAACAUUCCCUUUCCGGCUACAGCCAGGAAAGCCGAACUCUUCCGUUUACUAAACACCCAAAACGUUGAUGAGUUACCGGGCCCUAGUUUUGAUUGUACAAUACAAAACAGUUUGGCAGAACUACGGAGUAUGAUGACCUCUCUGGUAGCUUCCGUAGGUACUAUAAACAACAGGUUAGAUAACCUGGAAGCCACUAGUCAAACUAGCAUUCUGGAAGUACAAAUUCCACUAGGACAACCCGAAACAUGCACAGGAGGUAACUCCACUCCUAUUCCUGCCAAAACAACUAAUAUUAUUAACCCAGUGCAUUUGAUUCCACAAAAUCUAAAACGGGACAUACUAGAAGGGAAAGAUGUUAAUCUAGCUUCCCUCCUCAUUUCCUCACAGGAUAGAAUCGAAAACAGAGCUUAUACUUUCGACGAUAUAUCCGUGGUAAUGAAAGCUAGAGACCCUAGGCUCAAUAAGAAGCUGAAAAUUCCUGAAUUCGUGUUAGCUUUUGGAUUAUAUAGGUAUGUAAUUUGCUCUUCUUUCCCACACCGUAGAGAAGAGCUGGAUAUAUAUCUGCACAAGCUGGUGGAAUUGGCUUACAAAUAUGGUGGUUACGCGUUCUACGACUACCAUAAGUCCUUUUCGGCCAGAUCAGCCGCGUCACUGGCUCAGUACAACACUCCCACUGAUUGGAGUCAAUUGGACACAGAAUUGUUUUGUAGACAUUUUGGGGGACUUAAAACACCAGCAUGUGCAAUAUGUUCUUCAGCGUCUCAUACAGCAAACUUUUGUCCUAGUAAUAUAGAUGGUCCGUCUACUAGUAACGCCAAUCCAGACUAUUUUGCUAAUCAGAGGGAAAUGAAAGACAAGUUAGGGAGGCCUAUAGUGUUUCUUGGGAAAGCACAAGUUUGUAAUAACUUUAACGCGGGGGGAUGUAGUUAUAGCGUUUGUAGAUUACUCCACGUUUGCUCAAUCUGUUUCAGAGCACAUGCAAAAACUAUGUGUCCAAGCAAACUAUUCCCUAAGAAAGCAAUGACCCCAAUAAACGUAAACAAUUUACAACGUUACUUGACUGAACAUCCUUCUUCACAGCUGGCUGACUUUCUUAUCUCGGGUUUCACUAGAGGCUUUCACACAGGUUUAGUAGCACUCCCUUCAGGCAUACUAGGAUGCCCCAACCUACAGUCUGCAAUAACAGACCCAGCCAGUUUAAAAGAUCUUCUCAACAAAGAACUAGAAUAUGGUAUUAUGAUAGGACCCUUCACCACACCACCUUUCACUUCCUGGAGAACAAGUCCACUAGGUAUAGCCACGGGCAAAUUCAAUAACAAAAAGAGGUUAAUAAUCGAUUUUUCAGCACCUCACUCUUCCACCUCCCCAGGUUUAAAUUCCCUUAUACCCUCAGAAGACUUCUCACUACAAUAUGCAAAAAUAGACUAUGCCAUACAAGCUGUUGUCAACUUUGGUAAGGCAGCAUGGUUAAGCAAAACGGAUAUCACAAAUGCUUUCAAACUUCUACCAAUUAAGCAGUCACUCUGGCAUCUACAUGGCGUUAAGUGGGAAGAGAAGUACUAUUUUGCAACUAGACUGACCUUCGGCUCCAAAAGUAGCCAAAAAUCUUCGACAUAUUCGCAGAAACCUUGAAUUGGCUACUACUUAACAAGUCCAGGUGCCCAGUAGUAAUCCACUGCCUCGAUGAUUUUCUGUAUGUAGAGCCUCACUACUACACACCACGCAGUCUAAAAAGUGCACUCUCCCUAUUUAAGGAAUUAGGAGUCCCGGUAGCUCCAAAUAAGACAGAAGGUCCAGUACAGAAAUAAUUUUCCUAGGCAUCACACUCAAUUCUGUAACUAUGCAAGCUAGCCUCCCUCAAGUCAAAGUAGACAGGAUUCUAACUCACAUUCACAACUGCACCAAUCACGGGUCAUGCACCAGGAAAGCGUUACAGUCACUCUUAACUUUGCCAUGAGAAUUAUCCCUCAAAGCAGGUCUUUCAUCUCUAGGUUACUUUCUCUUCUACAAGGCCUCCCUGGCGACGACACUAAGAUUAAUCUAGACGAUCCUGCAAGGGCUGACCUAAAAAUGUGGAAUCUAUUUUUAUCCUCAUGGAAUGGUAGGUCAUUGUUCAUUCCCCCCAUCUCUGACGAAUCCCCGGUUAUAUGGACAGACGCUACAGCUACCGUCGGGUACGCUGCAAUAUUCGGGGACGAAUGGGUAUAUGACAAUUGGCCACCCGAAACAGUUACACUAGUAAACUUUGACAAAACCUCAGCAUUGUUCGAGAUCUUCCCAAUUGUGGCAGCAACACACAUUUGGGGAGAAAAUUGGAGGGGUAAAGCAGUUAGGUGUUAUUCUGACAACAUAGCAGCUUGUAACAUAAUUAACAAAGGCCGCUCUCAGUCCCUGUCAGUUAUGAAUCUAGUAAGGAAACUUACAUGGUUGACAGCAAUGGUUGAUAGCAAAUUUGCAGUUUUACAUUUGUUGUAUCCAUGUUCCAGGUGUUUUCAAUAACGCAGCUGACGCUUUGUCACGUUUUAAUUUACAGGAAUUUUUCAGACUGCACCCUACAGCGAACAAGCAACCCAAAACUCCUCCGCAAUUCAAAGACCUAAUCAUGCAUUAAACCAGUUAUUAGCUCACAGUAGAAUUCUCGCACAGGCAGGUUUGUCAGUGAACACUAAAAAAAGCGUACGUUAGGGCAUUUGACAUGUUCAAAAAAUUUGUUUGUGACUUUAACAUAAUAAAUAAUUUUUCUGUUGAAACCAUGGUUGCAUUUACAACUUUUUGCCACAUCUCGUUAAAACUAGCCUACAAUACCAUAAAACUAUACUUGACGGGGAUACAACAUUUCAUGCUAACUCUUUACCCGAACAAUACUCCUUUCUUAUCAACAUACUAAAAGGUAUCCAGAGGCUAAAAACCCCAAAAUCCCUCAAAAGACUCCCCAUAGACGGGAACAUCUUUAAAGAAAUCUCCAAGUUAUUAGAUGGAAGUCCUUUCGAAUAUACCAUUAACCUGGUAAUUAAAUCAGCGGCUUAUUUGGCCUUUUUCGGGUUUCUAAAACCUAAAGAAUUUUCAGUAGAGAAAAUAUCUGACACUGACAUUUGUCUCAAACAGAGAGACUUAACCAAAGUAAACGAUCAUUACGUUCUAUCAAUCCAAUCCCCCGAACAAAAACAAGCCAAGCAGGCCCCCCAGUGGCGAUGAAGUAUUUUCCUACCGGUUCCAAAUGGUACCCAGUUCAAGUGCUGGAUAAUUUGAUAAUAAAUCAGCAAAUUAGAAAUCCAGAACUGCCUCUGUUGGCCCUACAAGGAAAGCCACUUACUACUAAACAGUUCAUGCUAUACAUACGUUCUUUGUUACUUAGACUUGGCCUCAAUCCAAAUUCCUUCUCAGGACACUAAUUCUGUAUUGGGGCUGCCACUGCAGCCUCUAGUACUCAGGUUCCAACACAUAUCAUAAAGAAAAUGGGUCGCUGGAAAUCUUCAGCAUACAACCGGUACAUUCCAAACCCAGAGAAAGAAAUCAGACUCGCUUUCUAUAAUAUGUCUAAAUAAUGUUGUUGUUGUAAUAAACAGACAUGUUUACAUACUUUUUGGCCCUCUUUUUACAGGCCUAACUUCUCGUCGGUUUCGGCACACCUCAACCGACUCUUAUUUAUCAAAACUACACUCACUUUAAGUGUACGCCCCCUUCCAUAAUCCCGUACACAAAUAGAAGGCGUAUGCCUGAAGUUGUGGGAGGGAUUUAAGGCCCAUAUAAACCCAGCAAACCCCUUGCUUACCUGUCUUCGUCGAUUCCGGAAAUUCCCCUCCCACCACACCCUAUUUACAUAUUAAUAUAUCCAGAUGGGCCCUCUUUUUACAGGCCUAACCUCUUGUCGGUUUCGGGACACAUCUCAACCGACUCUUAUUUAUACACCCACUUUAAGUGUACGCCCCCUUCCAUAAUCCCGUACACAAAUAUAUAUAUGUAGGUCCCUAAAUAGCUCUUUGAGUGCCCCUACUGUCCAAAUAGUGCCCUGAUCGGAGAGGCGGCCAUUCUUCAAUCUGGCUCAGAAGAAUACCUGGAUACCUCUUCACUGAGUGCCCUUACUGUCCACAUUCACUCAAUCGCACCACAGUCCCAAUCUGGUAAAACGGUUCCAGUGUGUUUGAGGGUAUCUCCUGGUCUAGUGCUCCAUGUAUAGAAUGGGUCUCCAGAGGUAGUGUUCCGUAUGGGAGACAGAAUACUCAUUCAGUGGGUCUCCAUAGUGACAAUAGCCAUUUUAUGCCCAUGUGGUAUUGUGUUUCGUGACUUACAUAUACAUUGACACAAACACAGAUACACACUGUCGCAUCCAGACACACAAUGACGCAUAUGUCGGUGGAUGGCUUCCCUGAGAGAUGAAUAGUGCCGGUGGGUGGCUUCUCUGGGGUCUGGUGAGAGCUGGAUGGUGCUGGUAUGUGGCUUCCCUGAGAGAUGGAUAGUGCCGGUGGGUGGCUUCCCUGGAGUCUCGUGAGAGUGGAAUGGUGCCGAUGAAUGGCUUUCCUGGGCUCUGGUGAGAGCUGGAUUGUGCUGGUUUGUGGCAUCCCUAGCCUCUGGUGAGAGUGGGAUGGUGCCGAUUCAUUGUGUAAGAAUUGCAUCCCUCUGGAAACAAGCAGUAAUUGUAUUGAAAAUAUCCUUCUAAACAACCACAAUCCUUUAUCUGCAGAUUUCCUCCUAAAAGUACAUUCUAUUCUUAUUUUAACUUUGUCUCACAUGUAGAUCACAAUCGUGUCCAUGCCACUGAUGUCCUUCAUGCAGUGUGGUACCUGACCACGAGGCCUAUUCCAGGAUUUCAGGAGAUCUCCAGCGAUGACGCAGGUAAGAUUCCUGGUUCUUAGUUCCAGUUAUAGAGUGUAAUUUGAAGUUAUUCUCUCUGGAGAUCUGGACAUCUUGCAGAUCUGAGCAAAGGAGUUAUUGGCUCUUUGUUUGUUUUUUUUCUUCUUCAUAUUUUGUUAAUCCAAAACCUGUACAUUGUUCUAACUAUUUAUUGCCAUUCUGUUUCUCUUUGUGCAGCAAAAAAAUCAGCAACAAAUCACACACAUUUAUUUUUUUAUUGUGAACCUUUAACCAUGUUAAAAAAAAAAAAAAACUGCUUAUGGCUUAGAUGUCUAGGAGUUGCGGUGCAGAUCCUGGCUUUCUACACUAGAAAGUGGACAUUUGAACUACAACUCCCAGAAUCCCUUCCUGUUCCAGUAAGUCACUGCUUCUGCAAUGUGCUCAACUGUGCGAUAGCAGGUCAGUGACCACUACAACUGGCUGAGUCACUUCCUGGCUGGGUGACAUGUGCCGGCAGAAGCCGUAGAGUCUACUUUUAUUUCAUGUUUAUUGUGUUUAACACAACGGGUAGUUUCCAGCCCGUAGUGUCCCUUUUAACUAUUAGGUCCUGGCUUCAGUUUCAAUAGUCAAAGGGAGUGGUUUCUGAUUCAUUUUUUUUUUUUAAGGGUCCACAUUAUUUUGCUUAUUUUUGACUUUAGAUAUUUCUCUUCUUAACCCUUUGAGUGUUGGCACUCAAACCGUUAACUUGUUGAUGAGCGAAUGCUGAUCUUUCUGUCUCUUCUGCCAAGGGAAGGGCUUGACUUAGCAGAGUUCCCUGCGCUGGCUGCUGGUGAAGGCUUUGCUGAAUCAGCUUGUUUCAGAGGAUUGCUGUGCAUUAGGCUAAUAUUCCUUUACAUAAUUAGGAAAUUAAACAUCACAGACUAAAAAUAGCCUUUACUUGAACAAUUUUAACUUGAUUGCAGUCUCUUAUCAUUGGGUAGAUCCCUGCAGGCUGUAUUGAAGGGUCAGACAUGUAUCGGAUAUAUGCUGCGCAUUCAUCAUGAAAGGAUUCCUUCCUCUGUAUAUUGAAUCUGAAUGGCAGGAAUUAAAUCAUGUAAUAAAUCAUAUAAUAUAUAUGUGAAGUCAGCAGGAGUUUAAAACUAGAUUUACAGACUCACAGUAGCAUGCUGUGUGUAUGAAUAUAUCACAGAGCUCCACAGUGGUGAUACACUAAUGUGCAAUGUGUAUCACAGAGCUCCACGGUAUUAACGCAAACUAAUGUGCAGUAUGUAUGAAUGUAUCACAGAGCUCCACAGUAAUAACACACUAAUGUGCAAUGUGUAUCACAGAGCUCCACGGUAUUAACUCAAACUAAUGUGCAGUAUGUAUGAAUGUAUCAAAGAGCUCCACAGUAAUAACACACUAAUGUGAAAUGUGUAUCACAGAGCUCCACGGUAUUAACUCAAAUUAAUGUGCAGUAUGUAUGAAUGUAUCACAGAGCUCCACAGUAAUAAAGCUCACACUAGUGUGUAGGAAUGUAUCACAAUAAAAAUGUGCAGUGUGUAGGAACGUAUCACAGAACUCCACCGUAAUAGAAACUCACACUAAUGUGCAGUGUGUAGGAAUGUAUCACAUAGCUCCACAGUAAUAACACACUAAUGUGUACUGUGUAGGAAUGUAUCACAUAGCUCCACAGUAAUAACACACUAAUGUGCAGUGUGUAGGAAUGCAUCACAGAGCUCCACAGUAAUAACACACUAAUGUGCAGUGUGUAGGAAUGCAUCACAGAGCUCCACAGUAAUAACACAUUAAUGUGUACUGUGUAGGAAUGCAUCACAUAGCUCCACAGUAAUAACACACUAAUGUGCAGUGUGUAGGAAUGCAUCACAGAGCUCCACAGUAAUAACACACUAAUGUGCAGUGUGUAGGAAUGCAUCACAGAGCUCCACAGUAAUAACACACUAAUGUGCAGUGUGUAGGAAUGCAUCACAGAGCUCCACAGUAAUAACACACUAAUGUGCAGUGUGUAGGAAUGCAUCACAGCUCCACAGUAAUAACACACUAAUGUGCAGUGUGUAGGAAUGUAUCACAGAGCUCCACAGUAAUAACACACUAAUGUGCAGUGUGUAGGAAUGUAUCACAGAGCUCCACAGUAAUAACACACUAAUUUUGCAGUGUGUAGGAAUGUAUCACAGAGCUCCACGGUAAUAAAACUCACACUAAUGUGCAGUGUGUAUGAAUGCAUCACAGAACAGUACAGAAAUAAAGUCCCAUGAUACUCUCAUACAUACUGCACUUUUCUAUGAAACAAAAUGUUCUACAUCCAUAAAGUACAGCAAUUUUUAUAAAUAAUAAAAAAAAAAGUAUGGAAAGAUGUCAAAUGUGCCCUAGAGAAUGUUCUGUUUUGUUAAUAUGAAAGGUUUGCAGUGUUACUGUAAGGCACUAUACAUUAUCUGUUUAUAACUACUUAAUAUAUCUUAAGCUUGGUGUAAUUACACACAUUGCAUAUUGUGAUCAAGGCUGUGUGCAAAUGCGAACUGAACUUUUUUAUAUGUAAAUAUGUCUGAACAUUUAAUUUGUGCUUUCUUUAAUUGUUAGUAUAAUAUCUAUGGCUGGAUAUUGAACGUUAGACUGAAGGACCCAUCUCACGUGGCUCUGUAUAAUACCCAUGGCUGGCUAAUGGAAGGUUAGACUGGGGAACCUUUUCCGUGGUGUUGUAAAAUACCCAUGGAUGGCUAAUGGAAGGUUAGACUGGAGACCCAUCUCCUGUAACCCUGUAUAAUACCCAUUGAUAGCUAAUGGAAGAUAAGACUGGGAACCCAUCCCCCAUGGCUCUGUAUAAUACCCAUUGCUGGCUAAUUGAAGGUUAGACUGGAGGACCCAUCUCAUGUGGUACUGUAGAAUACCCAUGGCUGGCUAAUGGAAGGGUGUACUGCGGGACCCAUCUCCCGUCACUCUGUAUAAUGUCCAUCGCUAGCUAACAAAAGGUUAGACUGGGGGGCCCAUCUCUGAGUUUUCUACCUUGUCAAAUUAAUGUGGCACUGUCAUGCUCAACUUACCUUUCUUUAAUCGCUUCCUCUUCUCUCCCUCUUUUAGGAUCUGUUCUUCAUUUCUUCGUGUCUGCUCUAGUUUUCUUUUAAACAUAACACAAAGUAGGGACUAUUUGUCUUAUAGAGGUUUCCUACGCUUGACCAGUGGAGGAACAAAGUGUGCUCCGUUUCCUGUGGUCAAAGCAAUUUUCCCACAAUUCUAACCUUUCCUCCUUGUUCUCGCGAUGCCUCUUUUCCGUAUUCUCGAACGCGGGCAAAGCUACAGAAUUUUGUCCUUACAGAGCGAGAGCAGUCCGUCAAUUCGUGUUAGGAAGAAAUUCAGGACUUUUGUUCGGUUUGAAAUUUCAUUCCACGGUAUUCAGGAGCACAAUAGGUCCCUCUCUCUUCCCCUCAUUUUCAUUUAGGGCACCCACCCGCCGCUCAUGGGGGGGGAAGGACAAUAGCCUCCCCCUUAUUGUAAUUUAGGGCUCCAGCCUGCCGUUCAGGGGUGGUGGCCGGGGGAGGACAACAUGUCCCGUCCCCCCAUUUUCAUUUAGGGCCCCCACCCGCCGUUCACUGGUGGGGGCCGGGGGGAGGACAAUAGGGGGAAUAUAUUGGGGCCAAGGGUGACCCGUUGUCCCUCAUUUACUUUUAUAGCCCCGCCUAGGGGGGGAUACUAUGCCCCCCCGUUAGUUAAUAGAUUUCCCACCAUGGGGUCAUUUGUUAGAGGGUGGGUGAGAAGCCACUGGCACACAAAGAUGGCGGCACCCAGGACCUAUGUCCGGGCAGAAAAUAAAGAUUUAAAGUUAGGUAAGCUUGGGGCACUUUGGGGUAUUUGGAGGUGACUUGGGGGACAAUUAGAUGUAGUGGAGUCGGGAGGGGGGUUAAAAAAAAACAUGAAUUCGGCCAUGACCGUGCUGCUUUAAGUUUCCAUAUUACUUAAUGUGCGGUUCCAGUUCCUGAUAUUUAAGUGAUUAAAAGACCUUCCGUUCUGCGGUUUCCUGUAUAGUUGGAGCUUGACCGCAUUUCUAGAGGACAAGCCGCAUCUAUUGUGUGUGACAGUACAGUAAAUGGUGCCUGUUGGUGAUAGAACCAUUGGAUGGCUGGCAAGACAGAUAUGGCUCCUCCCAUCGCCAGUUGUUUGCAGAGAGAUAUAGGUUGAGCCACCUACACAUCUCUUUUUAUUGGUUUCAGCUGGAGGUGUUUUGGGUCUGCUGGCUAUAAAUCAUCCAGUUUAUGUAAGUUUAUGGUUGACACAGUACUGUAAGUGUGAUGCAGCCAGGAAUUGUCCAGGGUCUUUGCUAGGCCGUCACUGUGUGGGUUUAUAUUUGGCCGAUGGGCCCAAACUUUUGUCUCGUUGGAAAUGGUCAUCGCAACAGAGUUUGCUGGAAUAUAUGAUCCGCAGCCAUCGCUAAAACGUAUAUAGUAUGUGCAAGUAGGACCAUCCAAAUGAAGAUUCAGGACUAAAAGCAAUUUUUUUGUAUUCACUGUGUCAGAUUUAAAGUUUCCUUUUUUCCCCUGCACAGCAAGCCCUCUGCUCCGUGAUACUGUAAUGGCACAGAUUAAAUUCAAUCUGCCACUGAUAGGCAGUGCAGAAAAUAAUAGCCAUUUCAUUAUUACAGCUCUAUGGAAUCUGAUGGCGCUAUAUAAAUAAUAAAAUAAUAGAGACUAGACUUCUCCUUUUAAAGAUCUUCAUCCCACCCCGUGAAAAGGCCAGACAGACCCAGAGCACACCACGCCUUAGAAAUGAUCACUGACGUCUAUUUAUACGCAAAGCUGAUUUCAGAGUUGGCGCUCUGCCACCGUUUUGUAUUCAAGGCUGGCUAAGUACUUCUAAAUUUGCUUGGGGAAAUAUGGCUAGCCCAAAGUGCUGCUUUGGCAGAAAGGAGACUGGGAGCUGUAAAAACAAUAAAUAGCGUACUGCAGCAAUAGCUUUUGCCACACAGAUAUAUAUAACCUGUUUCGCCAGUCGCAGUCUGUAUCACAUUGCUGUUAUGUGUAAUGUUGUCUGCACUGCAUUCUGUUCUUUCUGCUCACUGGAUCUGUCUGUGUUUUAGUACUGCUUUGGAUCUUGUGGGUUUUACACUGUAGGUCACUGAGUGUCCUGAGCCCAUCACCACACACAGUGUUUCUCCCUCUUAGCUGCUAAAUCCUACUGUUCCAGGCUGUCACAAAAUGGUUUGUCUAUUCCCAGCACUCUGCACAGAGCAUUCACCGAGACCAGUUAGGAGAUAUUCUGUUAUUGGAAUUUUAGACCUGACUGGAUCAUUCUCACAGGACUGAGUUGACUAUGUCCAGUGUAACUUCUGUUCUACCAUCCAGUCUAUAGUGACAGACAACAUGAAAUAUUAUUUGACAAUUUGCCAUAACACAAACUGCCUGUAGAUGGAAGCACAGUCUGAUGUUCAACUUUUCCAUUUCUAUUUUGUACCAAUUCUCCAUUAACAAGACAGAUUGAACUAUUCUCAAGAAUAGCAAAUAGAACAUUCUGUGUACAAUGCACAUUCUUUUAUGGGAACAAUGUCCCCUCUAUGCACCUUUAGUACAAGUCAGAGUGCAGAAAAAUUUUAAUAAAUGAAUGUUUUCAGCCAAAAUUAGCCUGAGAGACAGAGAAUUGAAACAUUAACUUGGAAUUACCUUCCAUAUAAAAAGUAGGCUCUCAAAUAGUUUAAAUAAAAGUGCAGGGUAAAAUUAUGUAAUCAAUGCUGGAUGUCCUAAAUUGUUGUUUUUGUGCCUAUUUUUGGAGUAAAGAUUUUACAGAUUGUGUCUUCUCCUCUGUAGACCCAGAUAAUGCUGCUGAUCCGGCUCCUGUUUAUCUCUCGUCAAAAAGCUGCACCUUUGUGGAUGACAGUUACGGCUGUAUUGCAACAAACAUCCCUGCGCUGGAGUUAAUGGCUCUAUAUGUGGCUGCAGCUAUGCAUGACUAUGACCACCCCGGACGUACCAACGCGUUUCUUGUGGCCACAAAUGCUCCUCAGGUUAGUGUGCACAGUUGAUUUUUAUUGCAAAAAGCUCUAUAUCUCAGUUUGUAAUUCUAUAACAAACCAUUGUCGUAUUGUGCCCGCUAUAAUAAUAUAAAAACUCCAGACAGACGUCUAUAUUUUUAAUUUACACACUCAAUAAAAUUUUUAUAAAGGUACCUAGUAAAAUCUGCAAUAUGUCCCCUCAGUGAGCUUUGCAAUAGUCCCUUCACUAGAUCUAUAAUUAGCUCUUUGGUAAUAGGCUAUUGCUGUGUGUGUACAGGUACAAAACCCCAGAUAAGUGUAUCUUUUAAUCUGCUAAAGGUCUUGCACCAACAUGCUGUAUAACUUGCAUGUGUAGUUUCCUGUAUGUGAACGUGUGGUCUUCACAAUCCAUAAUGUUUAAUUUUCGGUGUGUUCUACAAAGUUAAUUAAGAAUAGCUCUGUUACUGUCACUUCAAGAUGGUAUUAUUUACGCUUUGAUUGUGGGGAAAAUUAAUGUAUUCCUUGUUACAUUUUUGCAAAUAGUUAAUAUUUUUGGCUUUUUAACCAUUAAAAUGUGCACCAUAAUUAAAGGAAAACAGGAAUCUCAAAAUUAGAGAAACACUAGUAUGGUGGCAACUAGUGGCUGUCAGUCUGUCUGUAACCAUGAGGCUUGUUUUUGGCCAACAUGUAGGCACAAAAAUAUCUACCUAAGGUUUACAGUGUUGGUGGUCAGCAUCCUUUUAAGUAGAUUAUAUUUUUCAGUAGUUUUUUUUUUCUUUUUCGUUUCAAAAUGUUAGAUAGAUUUAGAGGGUUUAUCUUCGCUGCUGGCUGAAAAUUCCAUUUAUUAUAAUUAAUGUUUUGCUGCCAAAUUGUUAAUUUUUCCAUUCCUGUCUCACGUUAAGGUAUAUGAUUUCCUUAUUACACGUAUGUCUGACCUGGCAUUCCCUUGCACGCUUCAUUAAAGCAAAGCAUUCUGGGAUAGAUUGCAGUGGGCACAUAUGCACAAACUUCUAUAUAUUUACUUUUUUUUCAUGGAAAUAUGUUUAAAGAUGAAAAAUAUCUACACAAUGGAAACAUUAAUCUGCUUGCAUAAGGAAUCGUGAUUAUAGAGAUAAUUUUGUCAUCGCGGAUUACAUGUGCAACAUAGGGCUUUAUGCAUUUACUUUUAACACCAGAUUUAGGAUGAACUAUUUGGAUGCCAAAAGUGACAGCUCAGAGCAUCUUGUAUCUGGCAUGUUUUGAAAAAAUGUCCAAUCAAAUAAUAUUUUUAACUUUAUGGUAGCCUAUGUUUAUAUGAGCAGCUCUCUUGGUUAAUGAGAAAGGAACACUAAAUAGAAUAUUUUGGUUCAAGAAAUGCUGGGCUGUGUUUUGUGCGGCGUCUGUAGCAGCUGAGCAGAGUGACUUGGCCAGGAUUCCCCUUGUGAAUAUGUAUAAUUUGAUUACAGUGUAUCAGCUGAGUGGGGUUUUAAUCCUGUUAUAGAGAUCGAUUUGACAUGACUACGAACGGAGAUUGGGAGAUUUUUCUGCACAGACAUUAAGGUGGAUAAAUUAAUUUAGUGUUUCCAUCAUAUGACUUCACUAGUGGACUUUCUCUCCCCCACCUCCCUCUUUCAACAAACGAUUCAGCAGGUUCUCUUCAUUAAGAUAUUGAGGUGAGAAAAGGCAGUGGUUUUGUUUAAAACACUGGCAGUUCCUCCUCGUGGCAUAAUUGAAUUAAUCUCACACGGUUGGCAAAUUUGUCUCCAUUUACUGAACAGGCAUGAGACGAGCGCCUGUUAGAUGAAGGCCGGAGUCGCGCAGCCAUUACUUCUUUUAAUAAGCAGUUCCAUAUAGUUCUGUAUUUCUGAUGCAGAAAGUGUGAACCGGACACAUUCCUAUCACGGCCUGGUGACAUAGUACUUUUAAUAGUUUAUAUAAUGUUUUGUUUUACUAUGACUGAUUAAUCCCUCCAAUUUGCUGUGUAUCACGUAAGCUUCAAAUAAACCGUAAUUAUACAUUUCCUUUAGAUAAUCAAACUCUGCCCCUAUAGACAGUUUGAUGGGUUGCCAUUUACUGGAAUUACUGCCGGACGGUCCCUUGCAUAUGGGUGAGGGGCGCCUGAUACCAUAAUGCGAUUAAGUGAGAAGUAGUUCUGGUCAUUGAUGUCACCAGCUGCACGCAUUGCAAUUCUCUGUUUUAAUCUUGUUUUAGGCGGUUCUGUAUAACGACCGAUCAGUGCUGGAGAAUCAUCAUGCGGCUGCUGCUUGGAACCUCUUCCUGUCUCAGCCAGACUACAAUUUUCUCACGUAUUUGGAUCACGUGCAGUUCAAACGAUUUCGUUUCUUAGUGAUCGAAGCAAUCCUUGCCACGGACCUUAAAAAGCAUUUUGACUUUCUCGCGGAGUUCAAUGCCAAGGUAUUUACCGCGAACAUUGCUCAUUGUUCAAUAAAGUGUGUUGAUUUUUAAUCACUUUUGGAAUUUUAUUUUUUUAUUUGUGAUGUUUUGCUGUUGUCAUAGACUCUGAUUGUGGUUUAUUGUCACUUUUAUAGCACGAGUAAUGUGUGUUUUUAGUGAAUUUGCUACACACUACUUAAUUUUUAUAAUGAGAGUAAAUUGUGGGCUUUAAAUACUCUGUAACAUAGUUCACUUUGUAACAGUAUUUUAACAAACAAUAUCAGGCCAAAUGUAAAUACUCAGAAUAAACACACUUUAACUUUUAGUGUUGGUAGUGAUGAUGGGUCAGAGGAGGUGUGGUCAAUAAGUGACUUAUCCAUAUCCAUGGAUACUGAAAUCCAGAAUAAACUAUUAGUCUGAGAGAGGCUGUGAAGAUACAUUCAUGGGCCAAAAACUCUUGGGUGCCAGAGUAGAACACCAUAAAACUCUCCUAAUAGGUAUGACUUGAGUCAGACACAAGUGGUGAGUUUGCUUCUUUUUAUAGAAUGUAUGAGUGGUCAAAUGGCAAGAAAGUGGCCUUUACACCUUGUAGUGACACGUCCGUUUGACAUUGAGUGGAGAAAAUAAAGCGGAUCACAUUGUCAAAGUAUAAUCCGCUAUUUUAGACUAGCAGCUGCUUGAAAUGCCCAAUACAGUGAUCAGGAAGGUGGACAUGGACGCAGGGAGAUUUUGUGCUUAUAAUUAAAAAUGUAGACAUAUGUUUUUGGGAUUCUUAGAAAGUAUGAUUGACGCUUGAUUUCCUAAUUGUAGGUGAACGAUGUGAACAAUGGAAUGGACUGGAGCAAUGAAAAUGAUCGACUUUUAGUUUGCCAAGUCUGCAUUAAGUUGGCUGACAUUAAUGGUCCUGCAAAAACUAGAGAGUUGCACUUGAAAUGGACUGAAGGCAUUGUUAACGAAUUUUAUGAACAGGUAUGAAGGUUGUAGAUUAUGGUAAAAUUAUUCAAACUAAACAUCAUUUAGCAUACAUAAGCCCCUCUUCCACUAUUCUGUUAAUUGCAUUCAGUUGCAAUCUUCUCUAUGGGCAGUAAUGAGUAUAAAGCCAUGAGCAGCCAUUGAAUUUCUAGCUGUUUCAUGUCUGCAUUGCUGGUAAAGAGGUAUAUAAAGUGGGAAUUAGUCAACAUUCAUUAUGAAAGGGCUAGAGCAAUACCAUUUCAAAAUGGACACGUUGAAAGGCUGGAGGGUGAAAGCCCUGCUUGUUUAGACAGGUUAUUAUCCCAAAGGUGUUGUGGUGAUAUGUUUGCUUUCUCAGUAACAUAUAUGUAUACAGAGCACAAACUACAAAGACAAGUGAGUUAAUCUGUUUAGUUAGAACGAUCAACCUGUGUUUAAAGAGCGAUUUUCUUAUCGUGUGUGUGUGAACUACGUAUCCCAUGAUGCUCUGGAAAAUGUAAUGUAAAUUAUUUUCACAUGCAUCUAUAAGAACCCAUUUAGGCGUGAUCAUUUCGGGGAUGGAGGUUAGUUACUGCUUAAACUUUUAGCUGACAUCAGCCAAUAGAGAGAGCUCCACAAGCAAACUCGGUGUACCUUACCAUAGAAUCCACAAUCCACAAGUUAGAAUAAUGUUUUAUGUCCCAAACUCCUCAGGGGGAUGAAGAAGCAAAUCUUGGACUGCCAAUCAGCCCAUUCAUGGACCGGUCUUCUCCUCAAUUAGCAAAACUGCAAGAGUCGUUCAUCACCCACAUUGUGGGGCCCCUGUGUAAUUCAUAUGAUGCAGCCGGGUUGCUUCCUGGGCGAUGGAUAGAUGAAGACGAAGAAGAUUUGGAAAGUGAGGAUGAUGAAGAUUUGGAUUCAGAAGAUGAAGAAAUGGACGAUGACGUUGGUUCAAGUAAGUGCUCCGAAAUAAUUUUUAUGUACGGAUGUCUAGCAGUCAUUAACCCCUUAAGGACCGAUGACGGUUCAGGACCGUCAUCGGCAUUUUCCCAUUGCCGACCGCUGACGGUCCUGAACAGUCCUAAAGGUCCUAGUUACUUACCUGAUCGCCGUCGUUCCCCCGGCGGCGAUCAGCGUUGCUCCCGAUGUGUGAAGACUGCCUGCAGCCCAGACAGUCUGCCCACACUGGAUUAGGACCCCUGUGGCCAUGUGAUCGCGUAACACAGCGAUCACAUGGUCACAAUAGGUGUCCAUGUGUCUGCCUGCAGGGCGACUGCAUGUGCUGACAGCCAGUCUCCCUGCUAGCGUAAAAUCAUUAAAAAAAAAAUGUGUGUGUGUGUAUAUAUAUAUAUAUAAUGUCAUACUAAGUGUAUUUUUAUAUUAAUAUGUACUUAUAUUAAUAUAAAAAUACACUUAUAAUUAAAUUACACAUGUGUAUAUAUAUAAUAUAUAUAAUAACUAUAUAUAUUGUGUAUAUAUAUAUAUAUUAUUAUAAAAUAUAAAUAAUGAUUAAUUAAAAUUAUUUUUUUUUUUAAAUAAUAAAAAUUGGAAAAAAAUUAUAUCUAUAUGAAAUUUUAUUCUAACUGUAUUUUAAAAUUAAUAUAUAUAUAUAUUUAUAUCAAAAUACACUUAGAAUGAAUUUGUAUAUAUAUCUAUGUAUAUAUAAAUAAAUAAAAAUACAAAAUAUACAUAUGUCCAUAUACAAAAUUACAUAAAUAAUUAUAUAAAUAUACACGUAGACUUCAAAUAUAUAAAUAUGCAUAUAUAUUUAAAUUCUACGUGCGUAUUUAUGUAAUAUUUUUACAUAAUUAAGUAAUUUUAUUGAUUGCAAUUUGAGGGACCUGCCUGCCAACCCAGGCCGAAAGUCCAGAGAAUUUAAUUUGUUAGCACUGUAUUUUACCCUGUAACGUUCUACGACACCCUAAAACCUGUACAUGGGGGGUACUGUUUUACUCGGGAGACUUCGCUGAACACAAAUAUUAGUGAUUCAAAACAGUAAAACAUAUCACAGCGAUGAUAUUGUCAGUGAAAGUGACUUUUUUUGCAUUUUCACACACAAACAGCACUUUUACUGAUGAUAUAAUUGUUGUGAUACGUUUUCCAGUUUUUAAACACUAAUAUUUGUGUUCAGUGAUGUCUCCCGAGUAAAACAGUACCCCCCAUGUACAGGUUUUAUAGUAUUUUUGAAAGUUAUAUGGGUCAAAUAUUUUUACAUUGAAAAUGGCCAGGUUGGUUACGUUGCCUUUGAGAGCAUAUGGUAGCCCAGGAAUGAGAAUUACCCCCAUGAUGGCAUACCAUUUACAAAAGAAGACAACCCAAGGUAUUGCAUAUGGGGUAUGUCCAGUCUUUUUUAGUAACCACUUAGUCACAUACACUGGCCAAAAUUAGCGUUCAAUUUAGUUUUUUUACUUUUUUCACACACAAAUAUGAAUGCUUACUUUGGUCAGUGUUUUCGACUAAGUGGCUACUAAAAAAGACUGGACAUACCUCAUAUUGAAUACCCUGGGUUGUCUACUUUAAAAAAAAAUAUGUACAUGUUGGGUGUUAUUCAGAGAUUUAUGACAGAUAAUAGUGUCACAAUGUCACUAUUGAUAAAUUUUAAAAAUGUAUGUUUUGAAACCGCAAUAUCCUACUUGUACCUAUAGCCCCAUAACAAUGCAACAAAAAAAAAAAGCACGUAAACACUGGGUAUUUUUAAACUCAGGACAAAAUUUUUCAUCUAUUCAGCAGUUUUUUUUCAUUCGCUUUUGUAGAUGAGUAAAAGAUUUUUCAAGUAAAAGUAAAAAAAAUUGAUUUUUUUCAAUUUUUCAUCAUAUUUUUUUAUUUUUAUUUUUAAAUUAAAAUACAAGAGAUUAUAUAAAUAAUGGUAUGUAAAGAAAGCCCCUUUUGUCCUGAAAAAAACAAUAUAUAAUUUGUAUGGGAACAGUAAAUGAGAGAGCGGAAAAUUAUAGCCAAACACAAACACCACAAAAGUGUAAAAAUAUGCCUGGUCGCAAAUGUACAGCAUCGCAAAAACAGUUGAGUCCUUAAGGGGUUGAACAUGGCAUGACAAGGCUUAUUUUCUAAACUGGGACUUCUUGAGACAAAAAAUGCAAAUGUUGGUUUUAAAUAUCUGAAUUUGAGAAAUAAUUCAGCUCUGCAUUUUUGCUCUACAUUUUGUAAUUUCUUAGUCACAUCUACACAAUUCUUGAUUUAGUGAAUGAAUCCUACUAUUUGGUCUAAUAGUAAAUUUAAACAGCAAUCCCAGACAGUGGUUAUUGUCAAUGUAUACCUUAUAGCAAAAAUCUGCUUCCAUAUGUAUGCCCACCCCCUUUAGCGAUACAGACCGUGAUACGCGUUUAAAAAAAAAAAAAAAAAAAAAUCUUUGUGAAGCGUAAUAUGGACGCAUGAAAAACCUGUUAUGUAGAAGUUAAAGAAAAAAUGCAGAUCAUUAACUUUAUAAGGAACAUAAACAAAAAUGUGUACAGACAUUACAUAUACUGGAGUGAAAAUGGAGCACAGCAAUCAUGCACAUUAGAAUUAUGAAUAUUUUAAAAACAUUAUAAUUUUUUAAUAAGUAAACUUAAGCAAACACUGGGUAGGGGGUAUGCAGUAAAAACCAGUCUCCCCUUUAAUUUAUAUGUAUAUAGAGGAGUUAAUUACUUACAGGAAAAUCUACACCAUUAAAUGAAACAUUAAAAAUGACCUAUCAUUUCUUAAAUGACAUCAUAAUUCGGUUCAGCCAGGGCAGACAUUGUAAAUGAAGUAGAGAAAAAGACACCUUGCUUCUUCAUAUGCUGACUGCCACGUGUAAAGGGUGGAGCUUAUAACAAUGAUUGACAGAGAGGUAAGAUAGCGGCAACCAGUUACAGGAUAAAGAUGUCUGGAUUUCUGUGUUUAAAUUUAUUUUUCACACCUAACAAAUACAUAUUUUGUCAAGUAUAAGUAUUCGUAAACAUUCUGGGAAGUGACAGCCCCUCUUUACAUAUUAUACUUUUUUUUUUUUCCCUAUUCAUCUAGUAAACAGUGUUUGGUUGCUCUCCUCAUAGCUAUGCCGGGGUGAUGCUGGUGGAAUAUGGGCCUGUACUUCAGUCAUAAUGAACUGUUUCAGACUGUAUCAAAAAUUAGGAAGAAGGAAACUUGGACACCAUUUAAACACAAGUUAUUGCACAUCAAUAUUUAAAGGACCACGAUAGUGCCAGGAAAAAAAACUUGUUUUACUGGCACUAUAGGGUCAUUAGGGUCCCCCCACCCUCAGGGCCCCCCUCCCUCUGGGCUGAAGGGGUUAAAACCCCUUCAGCCACUUACCUUUCUCCAGCACCAGGCUCUCCCGGUGCUGGGGAACUCUCCUCCCUCUGCUGACGUCAGCUCUGAAUGUGCAAGAGCCGCGUGCGCACGCAUUCAAACCGCCCAUAGGAAAGCAUUACUCAAUGCUUUCCUAUGGACGUCCAGCUUCUUCCGUGAGACUAGAGGCUGGAUUAACCCUCAGUGAAACAUAGCAGUUUCUCUGAAACUGCUAUGUUUUCAGCUAAAGGGUUAAAACUAGAGGGACCUGACACCCAGACCACUUCAGCUCAAUGAGUGGGUGCCUAUAGUGGUCAUUUAAGUAAUAAGCGUAAUAAAGUAAUCUCCUUAAGGCUGUCAUUUUCCAAACUUUAGAAAUACUGUUUAGUUUUUGUAUUUAGUUUAGUUUUUGUAUGCCCUGGUUAACAUGUAAUCAAGGCUUUGGCCUUUGUGACUAUGUCUUCUAGAACCACAGAGAAGGAAAGGCAGACGGAUGUUCUGCCCACUGAUGCACCACCUUCGGGAGAACCACAAAUUAUGGAAAAAAAUCAUUGAGGAUGAAGAAAAAAGUAAAACCGAGACAAAUAAACAGCAGAACGAAAGUUUGUCAUUACCUCAAUCAGAUGAUAUCCAGGUUAUCGAGGAAGCUGAUGAAGAAGAGGAGCGACAGUCAGUGGAGGACAGAAGAUGCUGAGAACAUUUUAUUAUAUAUAUAUAUAUUUUUUUUUUAUUAUUUUUUUUUUUAAGUGUGCAAUGGGGGAGCAGAGACCCUGUUUUCUAUGAGCUCUUCACAUACUGUAACUUUGAAAGGCCUUAAUACUGUGAGAGGGUCGUUCUGCCCUCGUAACUCCCCCACUCUAUGCACUUUCACCACGUGGGAUAUAUAAACUUUCUAUUGAAACGUUGAUUAUUGUCUACCUUGAUGCAAAGUCCUUUGUGAUCUGAUUGGUAUCCAGAUACCAUGUUCUAAUGCUGCCUUGCUGAAUACAGAGCUCCUAUUUUCCAUAUGGUACUUGCAAUCAUUAAGUGACUUCUCUUACCAAAGUGGCCACCGCUUUUUUUUUAUUUUUUUUAUUAGGCUGGAGCAUUGGAAGAAACCCACAAUGUGCCCACGUUUUUCCUUUUUUUUUGGUUUCAUUUUUCCCCCUGGAAUAUGAAAAUGUACCAAUGCUGAAAUAGAUCCUGAAUAAUACUACUUUGAACCAUUUUUGGAUUAUUUGUUAGUGAAGGAACCCUAACCCUUUCUAUACUUUAAAGACUUAAUGACCAUUAUAAAAAAUAUAUAUAUAUAUAUAUUUUACGAUUGGAAAUCCCUCAUAUGCAUCCGUUCUGAUGCUCUUUUAUUGUAAUAUAUAAACUGCCUGUGCUUUUCUUUUAAUUUUAUUUUCCCGGAAUGAAGUGUCUAGAUAAGUUAGGGUUUUUUGUUAUUUUCCCUUUUAGUUGCCAUUCUGUGGUAGACAACAAAAUCACAAAAGAAAGAGAAAGAAGAAAAAAAAAAGUGGGAAAGAAUAAAACCACAAAAAAGUGUUUCAAUAAUGAAGGGAUUUUUUUUUUUUAUUUAGACAGUGAUAUAUAUAUAUAUAUCUUUAUAUUUUUACACUUUUACUCAGGAUUUGCACGUAGAAUAUGUCAGAUGUUAAACCAACUAGCAGAAAGUGGCGUUGCCCCUCUAGUUUUUGUAAUUUCAGCUAUGAAUACUUACUGUUUGUGUGCAUGCUUUUUGGGAAAAGAAGCACUAUCCUAAACCAAAUAACCAAAAUAACAUUUCAGGCGUCGCAGAAAGGUAACCACUCCGCAAAAUGCAAAUCAACAGCCAUACUUUGUCCAAGGGUAUAACGCCUCACAUCAGAUUAUAUUACUACUGUUAUUUUUUUACUAUCUUGUAAUCUUUUCAGAGUCAGGUAGGGAACCUCUUCUUGCUGAUGGGAAGGGCAUAAUAAGUGUUACCCAUAAAAUGUAUUAUGUUGCUGCAGGAGGAAAAUGAAUAAACCACUCAAGAUCGAGUGGAUUCCUUGCAUGAAUAAAUUGAUUUCUCUCCUACAGCAUAUAUAAGCUACAUACUGCAGGGUACCACUUUUUUCAUGUAAUGCCCAACAGCUUGAAGAAGUGAUGUGUAAAUGAAAACAUGGAGGAUCUGGCAAUGCUAGUGUACCCUUUCCUACCAUGGCACUAAGAGUUCAUUUUAUUGUUUUGUUAUUUAUUUUUUGGGGAUUUGGGAAGGGGUGGGAUGAUGUGGCCUUCUGAACACCUUGGUCAGUGAAAUAUUUAACAGGACUAUAUUCUUUCACUCCUGUAUUCCCAUACUCUGGCUUAAGUAUGUGAUGUUGUAGGAAGCCUCACAAGGAAAUAUAUUCAAAUAAAGCGAUUGGUCCCAGUUCUCAGCUUACAGUAUUGAUUCUCUAGUUUAUGGUGGAAUUUGGCGGCUAAUCAUGUAUAUGAGUCCUGCUGUGUACUGCUAAUGAACACGUUAUCACUUCCGUUACAUGUUUUACCCAAUCAAUUCAAGAGUUAUAAAGACGAUACCACAUGUUUUUUUUUUAGUUGGAGAAAUGUUUUGUACCUUAAAGUAAUGCUAUUUUAAUUUGUAUUUAUUUUUUUAAAUUGCUAAAAGAUUAAUAUAUAAUAAUAUAAUUUCUUUUCAACUAAUGGCAAAUUCUAAUUUGUUUGCUUCCAUUAUGUAAUUCUAUCUGGUUCCUUCCUUACACUGGGCAAACACUAUACAGAUUGAAUUCCUGUAAAACUUUUAUCCAGUCAGUAGUUUGGAAAGUGGUCACGAAGGACCUGUGGUACCGCUGGAUGUCCCUGGUGAAAAUUGCCACAACAGAAUUGAUCUGCAACACCCAUCUUCCACCAAUAAUGCUCAAUUGGAAAUGCUAUCUGAUCACUGUGGUAUGCUGUCAUAAUGAUUACAUGUCUUGGGCAGUCACAGGGGACCAUUGCUGGACAUGUUUACUAGUGAGGACUAACCUUCACAGUACACUUAACAUGUGUGGGAGCCUGGAGUGUCCCUUUAAUAAUAUAAAACCACCCAGUAUAACCAACUAUAACCUAGCCUACACAGUGCAUCUAACGUGUGUGGGUGCUUAGAGUAUCCAGGGCCGGUGCAAGGAUUAAUUUUGCUGCACCCUCAUGUCACUCAAACACUGAGACACACACUGGCAGACACACAUACACUCACUCACUGACACAUAUGCGCACACAGAAACUCACUCAGACACACAAACACAGACACUCACUGACAGACAGACACACACACAGGCAGACACUCACUGACAGAGACAAUCAAUCACUUACAGUCAAACACUCACAGACUCACACAAUUUUAUUUUUUGAGGCACUUCCAGCCUCCCUACCUCACUGGGGUUCAGUGUAGGGCAUCUCCUCACUCCUCCCACCCGCUGUUUAGUAUGCCGGGGCCGGAAUGAUGUCAUAUUCCGGCUCCCGGCAUCACAGAGGGCGCACAAGGGAGGAGUGGGAAGCUGAAGGAACAUAAUCCCUCAUCGCCUGCCUUCUCCCCCCCCAUCCCCCGCCUCGCCGCUCGUCCUGCACUGCGGCCCAAGACGGGGAGCCCACCAGGAAAUAUCCCAAUAUAAUAAUAUAUACCCACCGGGUAGGGUGUACUGUAACCUAACUUAGUCAAUGCACCUAAUGUGUGUGGGAGCCUGGAGUGUCCAUUUAAAAAAAAAAUCCUCUUACACAUGUAAGUGAAUUACUUAGCAGACAAUAAGGCAGCUGGUGACUUGGAACGAGAUAGAAAAAGAACUUGCGCUGUAUCAGAAAAGAUGGAUCUACAAGAAUCAUGAAAUGCCUAUAACUACAAUGAAAAUUCUUGUACAAUCCUUGUACCUUUAUUUUACCAUGUGAAUUCCCUGUAAGCGACUGAUCUCUAUUAAAGAGUAUUUACCCGUUCUACGGUUUUAUUUUUUGCUGACUGCAUCCCACAUGUAUUACAAUAUGUUGGGUCUAACAAUCUGUAACAAAGUAUAUAGUUUUUGUUCUGUGUGUUUGUAGACACUCCCAUAAUGGGCAUGUAUGAAAUCUAAACGUAAAUGAAGAUGUUACUGUUACUGGAAACCUUUGUUGUGUUAAGAUUGUAUUGACAGUCAUCAGUCACAAGGACAUGUACCCGGACAUAAUAUGAAAUUGGCCAAAUUAUCGAAAUUUUUCUUUUACCCUCCAAAAUGUUCAACUCGCUGGUAGCAUCCAUUUAGACCGCUGUUGCCCCUUUCGUGUUUAAUAAGUGCAGACUACUUGUGACGAAGAGCAAAGAGGCGUGCUCAACAUGGCCAAAUGGUUAAUUGAGCCAUAUUUUCAACAAAAGACACAGGCAGUGCUUGUCAUAGUUA